AAACUAAACCAUACCCUUGUCCCGUUCUGACCAAUUUCAGCCAUCACUAGGCUAGCUUCGUUGUCGGGCGUGAGCCCGAAUUUUAUUACUAAUGGUCCUUUAUCGCGGACUAGAAUCCCAGGGGUGUUCGUUUGUUUUGAUCUAGCAAAAGUGGCCGCUGUUUUGUUCAAAUUUUUUUCCUCCUAUUAGCGAUCUAAAAUGGUCGGGCAUUAACAGAAUUACUUCCCCCCGUCUCCCGCCUGCGGUUUUGCCGGGUUCUCGGUUUGUCUCUGAGGCUUGAAUGAAGAGCCCCAUUUGUGCUGUCACGCGUCUCCAUCCAGGCCUCAAAAUUGGCUUCGCCUCAAUCCACCAAUCACAGUUUUCUCUUUUUUGCUUUUAGCGCGAUAAUUACUCGGCUAUCUUGCCUCUGACUACCACCCUCCCGGUUCGGUAUUCAUCUGCGCGCAGGUUACUAAUACUGCACCGACUGGGGGCGGUGGUGCUGAUGGAUGUGUUUGUUGUUUCACGCCAUUCCAGGGAACCGUGACUGGAAGAACUCGCUAGUCACGCGAUUUUCGCCUCAUGAAAGCACUUCGCUCUCCUCGAUCCUAAGGAAGGAACCUGUUUUUGUGAAAAUUUAACCCCUAGUGGAUGGCGGUUUUCAGGCCACGCUAGUCAGAGCGUCCCACCUGAUCAGUCGACUGAGAGGUUUGGGACAGGCCGGUUGGGAGCGAGAGUGAGGUCGGAGGCAGCGCUCAAGUUAUUCGCCGCCGGUAAUCUAACGCGCCAUAAAAUUAAGACAACGGGCUGACAUUCAAGGAUUGAAAGGGCGCCAGCUGAGGGCACUUCCUGCGAACUCACUUUUGCCCGAUCGACGCCUUAUCCUUGUGGUAUGAGGGAUCAGAUUGUGUCUGGCAAUCCCAGGCGGAUUCUUUGUCUUUGUCAGUCUCUCUGUCAGCGCACAAGCCGACCUUCGGGGCCCCCUUGACCUUGUCUUUUCAUCGGCAAUGAUGUAAACGGAGAUUAGCGUUCAGAGCAUCUGACACUUCUCACUGCGCAUGUCUGCCGUGCUCAUCAUUCCUUCCCGUAAAUGUUUUAAGUAGCAUUUUCAUCGACAACCUUUUGUGUCCUCUCCAAGGCUCACGCAUGACGGUCUACUUUCGAAGCAGGACGACGUAUUUCGAGUGAACUGUGUCGACUGUCUGGAUCGAACUAACCUCGUCCAAAGCGUCUUUGGCAGUCUCGUAAUUGAAACGCAGGUACUGUUUACCAAUAGACGGCUGUCUUGUUGUUCCGCAACACUCCUCCUUGUACAAUUUUUGACUGAUUGGUGCCUUCAAUGUUCGUUAUAAAGUUUCCUAUUUUCUCUUCACUUACCCUUUGAUUGUCUUUCUUGAAAGCUACGUCACAUUUUAAAGUUAGAGCAGACGAAAAAAUCUUCUACUGGCAACCGUAAAGUUUUCCCACAGGACUGCGUUUUUUUGCAAAACAAGCUUCACGGGAAGACUGCAGCCUGAACGCGUAACUCCGGAUGUUUGAUUUUCGGCGCAAAAUUACAUCAUAUUCGCUGUCCUCGAAAGUACCGGCGUAAAUAGCAGCGCAAGCAUGGCACGCCCACGCACCGUAUACUGAAUGAUGCUAUCGGAAAUUAGAAGCAUUAUUUCCCCGGAAUGAAUUUAAAGCAGGCAUGGACAGCAGAAUUUAUUGGUACCAGUACCAUAUUCUGCAAUCCUACUAAGGCUAUCCAAGUUCCACGGGCGAAGGCUGCCCUGCCAUUGCAGGCCACGUCAAAUUGUGUUUACGAAUUUGCAUGCACUUGUGGAUACAUUGGGCGAACGCAAAAACAACUGGCAGCCAGGUCAGUUGAGCACCUGCCUAAAUGGCUUCUAAAGCAGGAGGAUAAGAUUCUACGGUCUUCUAUUACAAAACAUCUCCUUGAUAGUGGCCAUUCGGUUGACCCCAAAACGUCUUUUCGAGUAUUAGUUCGAGCACGAAGUACUCGGUUAUUGCGCUACCUGGAGGCAGCCUAAAUACGGCGGGAGAAACCCGACCUGUGUAAACAGUUAGACCACGUGGUCAAUCUCAGCUUUCCCUGGUAGGUCUGAGCCUUUUUGAUUUUCGAAAUCCCUCGGCGUGCUUACUUCCCCAUUUUCAUUCCUAUCUUGCGUUUUGAAGUUAUCAUUUUACUGACUAGUCUACAUGCAGUAUACGAUGACCUUGCUGUUUUACAUUGAUUUUCUCUGUCGAAGUUCAAACCUCUGUAUCUUUCUCACUUGUUAUCUGUGUUAUGCAACGACAGGCUGCAGUUGAUAAGCCGUCGCGAAAUUUACUGGUACCAAUAAAUUCUGCUGUCCAUGCCUGCUUUAAAUAUCGGAAAUUAGGCAAGACUGACCUAUUUGGUCCUCUAAACAGGACACGAGAUCUGGAACCGCCCACAAUACGGGUGGCUUUGAGCUCACUUCCAGUUAAAUAAGGGUUGCGGUUAAGUUAGAGAUUAGGUUUAGGGUUUGAUUUAAAGUUAACGGUGAGGUUUGUCAGGAUCAAGAAUGUAGAGACUAGUUUUACCUGCUGAUUUGAGGUUUAGUGUGGGGCUAGAGUUAAGAUUAAGGCAGCUGUUAAGUUUUAUAUCAGGGUCAUUUUUGGGAAAUAUUUUGCCCUAUCCGGAAUUAUGCGCAGGUCUCCUUUAUUACCUGGGCGGGGCGUUCCUAUUUUCCCAUGUCCUGUUUAGGUGACCAUAUCAGUCAGUCCUACCGGAAAUUGUAAGGAAAAGGUGAGUGCACAGCGAGAAAUGCUUCAUUAGUCUUAACUCUCGCUCUUCAGUCCAUCGUCAAAGACGUGCAGAUAAUGGCCGCAUCCCCUGCGUUGACUGCCCCGCCAAAUACGCAAGCGGAGUCACAAAGUUGCCGUCGACUGGUGGGGGGGGGCAUUAUUGGUACAUAGAAGAGCAUAAUCACACCUGCGACUUUGCCACUGCGGGGAUGUUAACACGAGCGGGGGUAUCAAGUCGCCUCAAUGGGUGAUCGGAGUGUGGGACUCCGGUCGCCAAUUGGCCAGCAGUUUUUGUAUAACUUCUUCCGACAAACUCCGAACUUCUUACUUUGUUCUUACACACGGAUACCGGUUGACCAAUCAAAACCCCCUUGAAUCACUGGAGUACAUUUUGGCCGGGUCGCUGUCCGUGCGCCCGAUGAGUCGUCUCACCGCGUGUUCAGAGAACGAAUCCAGCCGUUGAGGGCCGGAAAGACUCGCUUAAUGGAUAGAACGAGUUUUCAGACUGGUUCUCGCCUCCUCAUUUCCUCGUCUUCAGCAUUCAUGUACUGCGUAUCUUUUCAUCGAGUCCUUAAUGGAUGCGUAUGGGUUAUCGAUCGCCUCGCAUUGCAACGGCGUUCCAUCUAAUGCUGCCCUUCCGGUCAUUAAUUCAGCCAUUUUCUCGCCAACCGUUUGAGAGCCAAGUGCUGCUCUCAUUACAGCGUUGUAUUUGACCGGGCGCAAUACUAACUGAACAGUUUCAGAGCGCCGACUUUUAGGCCGAGAACGAAAAUCCUGUCACCGGCAGCCCGUGCGCAAGUAAUUCGCGCGAGGGCGCGAUUUCUUGGGGAGAAGACAGGUUGGUUAUCAGGAUCCGAGUCGUCGAGGAGUGUAAAAUUAAAAAAAGGGUAAAAAAUGCCGUAACAAGAGAGUGAGUUUUACAUUUUCAGCGUUGUGCGUCCUUGGCGAGGUCGAUGUCGUCUGCUCUGCACUUAUAGGACAGAUUUUUCUUGUAUAAAUCCUCUUUUGCGUGUGAAUGAGACGGGCUGAGGAGAAAAGGAGAGAAAAAAUAAAAAUUAUCAGCUUUAGGCGGAUAAACUAAAACAAAGCCGCUCGUCCCCCCCCCUUUGCUGAAAUCCAUGCCUAACUGUGCUAUCUCAUGAAACGUUAACCCAGAUUCCGAUAUCUGGUUUCGAUUUAAAAAUAUUGUUUACGUAGGGUUGUUUAUCGUGCAGCAUAACCCUAGGACAUUUUUAGUCAGCGCAGGAUUCCGGCUUUUGAAUGAGCUUUCCGACCACCUGAAGAAACUAUACUUCGUAAAAGAUAACUACUAAAACAGCGGUAAUUCUCCCCAUUGAUUUUCAAUGCCCUUGUAACUUCAAUUAUAUUUUAUAGAAAACGUGCACAAAAUACGCUCAUUCGGUAAAAAAUCAUGUCUUUAUAAAUUUUAUAGUCAUAGAAAUAGUAUCUUACGGUUUCAAAGAUGUUUCUAGUUUUCCAAGACCGCGAAAUGUAUAUUCAUACACUAUUGCAUCAGAAUUUUUGUUUAUGCUACUUAUAAAUCACACAACCCGGCCCAAAAUUUAUUGCGCAAUUUUAUGAGUUUUAUAUGCGUUCUUCCUUAAAACGUGCAGAAAUAUGUGAUAUUCUCUUGAUGAAAUGCAUAAAACAUGUAGUUGUAUAGAAAAGGUCGUAAUAGAAGGGGUCGUAUGCCCUGGAACAAUCAAAUCUCCCCUCAAAAACGGGCUACCGUUUUCGAACGGGAUAGGUACUCUUCCUGGAAUUCCCUGUUUCCAUGUCCCCUCUUGGGCUUUUUUUAUCCCGCUCCCUGCUCCCCCACCGAAGCGAAUGCUCCAGCAUCUUAUCUAUCUUUUCAGUUACGAAAGUUGGGCCUGCUGUCAAUUGACGAGGAUCUGCCAAUCAUGUUUCAUCGAAUGCUGCAGGGCCUCUGGGCCAACAAUGGCGAUGCGCUGAGUCGGCAGUACACGGGAACAGUAGCCAUGAAGGUGAGUCACUUUGACCCCUUAUUUAUAAGGCCUUUUCAGAGUUAGAUCGCAGGUGGUAGCCAGGAGUGGGGAAGCGGACGGCGACCUUAACUCUAAUCCUAACCUUAACCCUAACACCAAGUCCAACCUUAAACAUUAACCGUUAACCCUAACGGCAAUCCUAACCGAAAUCGUAAACGUAACCAUAGUUCCUAGGCAUAGCCGUAACUGAGAAACCUAACCAUAAUGCUGAAACCUAUUCGUACGCUCAAACUCUAACCGUAAACUGAAAACCCAAACCUAAAGGCACAACUCUAACCCGAAAUUCGGAAACCAUUAACCGGUACCCUAAUCCUAACCUCAAACGUAAAACGGAAGCCAAACGGGUCAGAUGUGCUUAUGGAGCCCCACAAAAUAGCCCCAGUAAACGACCCCCCCCUCCCCCCAGCCACUUGUAAUACGGCGCCUGGCUACCAACUGCGAUCUAGCCCUUUUCAGCUUCAAGCAAGUAAGCUCCUCCAGCAACCACCGCGCAAAAUUUAAAAUAUCUGUUUGAAGUGGCUUUCUGAUCUCAUUACAUUUUUCCAGUUGCUGCAACCCGUUCGCUCUUCAACUGCCGGCUUUGGGAGGAUAUUUUUGGUUUCGGAGUCAGCAUGUUCUGCUUCGUGCAAAUCCCACAGUAAUGAGUUUAGAUCACAGUCAAGUGGGCGACGAACCCAUGGCUCAGUGGCAAUGCGUCUAACUUAAUACCCAAUGAUCAGAGGAUCGCGGUUUUGGGAUGGGAUAUAGCCGACUGGCGACGGCUAGUAGGCUGGAAGCAGCAUUCCUGUCGGCGCAUCCUCUACAUCGCUAUACAAACACCAGAGGGGACUUGAAUUUGAUACCCUUCGGCAUUGAGGAUGGAGGCUGUCAUCAUCCGCAACCAGCUCAGUAAAACACUACUUCUAGACUUUUGGACAUCCACUUCGAUGUGCCUAACACUGUAUCAACCCUUCACUUCUACCGCGGCUUCCAACCUGGUCCAUCGCCCCAGCUCAUUCAGGUGUGAUGUUGAUGAUGUCUCCGCGGUGGCCCCUCAUUCUGCCACAGUGCACUCCGGUUUAUUCUCCUGAAGACUUCUCAGCCUGGCGGUCUGUGUCACCUGUCAGAGACGUCGCAUGACUGUCACCUCCCCGCCCCCCCCCCUCCCCCUUCCCCCCCCCCUAGGCACGUGAGAUGGCCCACAUAUGGGGUCAGAACUAAUAGCCCUCAACGUCGCCAAUAGAAGCGAAGAGACGAGUCCCUUGAAGAAGAGGACACGGUCGCUGGAACAAGAGCUUUAUUAACCUGACGUUUCGGAUUCCUGCUCGAACCCAUCAUCAGAGACGAAAGCAGAUAGGGGUGGUUCAUGCACAAGGGGCUGCAGUAUUUAGAGGAUGCAGUCGCCAUGCUACCGCAUAUCUAUGACCAUUCACGGCUCCCCCCUUCAUCCGGGAUCGUCGCUCUUGGUGUGAUGACUGUUUGAUGGCCGACAUUCGCGUCGUUAAUUGCUGCAAUUUCAUCACGUGCGUUGGAUGUUGGUGUGGUGAUUGCUCGACCAUCUGAUGCACCGACCCUGGAGUUGGAGAAAGUGUUCACCUGUGCGCUCCCCGCGUGGCUAAUUACACCGCCUAGGCGAAGUUUCAGCACCGAUUAUGGGAGUCGAAGGUCAUUGCACUUGUUAAUUGGCCGGGGGGCCAGUAAACCAUGACUCAAGCAGCUCCCGGCUCACUCCGUUGUCACCUCUAGCGAGAAUUUCGGCCUCGUCAAAUUUUAACGUGUGGCCGGAUCUCGUCGAAUGAGCCCCAACGUCUUAUGCAUUCUGGAGAAGGCUGAGCCAUUGACUGUGUAACCAAAACUUGUGUAAUUCAUAUUGACCCAACUGUGAAAAACUCGCCGCCUCGGUGGGAUUCGAACCCACGCAGUAAGGGGAAGGCUUUAGUACAGCCAACCCUCUAACCACCUGAGCUACAAGGCCCCGUCGGGAGACUUGGGUUUAAUUACAUUUGGGUCAAGUUAGCCGCCCAACCUACUGCAACGUCUGGAAUCCACCAAAUCUGAUACAGUAAGUUGACUGCCCAGGCAGGAUUUCCUAAGUAAUUCACCUAGAAUCCACCAGAUGACUACCAGGCGUGCGUAAUUCAUAGAUGUUUUGGCAGAUCUUGAAUAAUUCAUAUUGACCCAAAUGUGAUUAAACACGCGUCGUCCGGCGGGGCCUCGUAGCUCAAUUGGUUAGAUCGUUGGCUGCACUGAAGCCUUUCCCUUACUGCGUGGGUUUGAAUCCCACCGAGGCGCCGAGUUUUUCACAGUUGGGUCAAUAUGAAUUAUUCAAAAUCUGCCAAAACAUCUGUCAACACUUGUGUGCCAAUCCGGCAUGAUAUUUCUAUUUCUGCCGCUGGGCGUCUCAUUCUUUGGUGAGGGGUUGCAAGUAUCGUUUGGCAAGCAACCACAGCAGCAUUCGUCAGGGGGUUCUAAAAUCAUGUGAGGUAACUUUAAUCAUUCGAGACACCAGAGUCCCUGAUUUUUCCUCCAGCCCCACCAGCAGCCACAAAGCGGCGCGUAAUAUAGGCAGAAUAGCAUUAGGGACGCUGGAGGACUUCUAACCAACAGGUCGCGGGAUCGAGCCCCAGUUGUUCGACAUUUCGGAGUUGGGUAUGACUGGCUGACGACGGCUUAUAAGCCAGAAAUAGCCACUCCUGUCUCCCUUGUCUUUGUUAGUAAUGCUAUUCUGCCGCUGUGUGGCUUCUGGUGGAGCUCAAGAGAGAGAGCGCGCGCGGAAACGCAACGAGACAAGUGACUUCCAUAGCGCGAUCGGCGAGCGCCCUUCCACCAUUGCUCUGAUUUCUCGGUCAUAACGCGUUCAACUUUUACAAAACAGGGAACCAGCUUCUUACCACGUCCUUUGCGGGUACAGCAAAAGCAUCUCAGUGCCUGUUCAUGUAAUGCUGACUAAGUACUGAUCAGUUGCGAAUAUCGCCCAGUUAUUCCAGUGAGGCGGACGAUUUCGACUCAGUUACUAACGUAAAAUUUCAGAUCAGACCUGAGGACGUUUGACCCUAGAACUUCACUCCCAGUUCACGCAAUAACUGGGAGUAAAUUUAAACACGCGAAGGUUUCUGUUGAGCCCACCCGCCCUCAUUUGCGUCACGCGACCACAGCAUCUCAGGUGGAACACGUGGUUAACAUUGAAAAGGAGCUUAUAUUUGGAGUAUAGGAAUAAAGUUGAAUGAGGAUUCAGUAAGGAAGCUUCUACCACAUUCAAUAACAUUUUGGGGUAGAGGUCGAGAGGCUGAUUUAUCAAAAAGACGGUCUGCCUUCGAGAAGCGAACAGGCAGGUCCGUGAAAGCAGUCGUGAAGAAUGAGACACGAUCGCUGGGACAAGAGCUUUACUUGCCACCAUGUCCACCAUGUGCUCCACAGCAAGGUGAGAGCAGGCGCGGUGACAUGCGCGUGACUUCUUUUAUAGUGAUAGUAAGCUUGCACUGCAUCUACCGCACUCUCUCCUCCUUCCCUACCUGGACCCGGUUUUAAGACAUAAUCCAGGAGACCGGAGGCGGGAGAAGGCAUUCAUUAGAUGUAUCAGCUCGACCGUACCAGGCGACUGCGUACACUGGCUCAGCACCAGUGACUUUCAUGUGAAUAACCUUGUAGUAAUAGUAGACUUUUACAGUACCCAUCACACCCUCUCUCCCCUCACCCACCUGGGCUCGGUGUCAAGAUAACGUCAGGACGACCGGAAGUGAGCACGGGCGCCGUGACGGACGAAGUCGGACGACCCGUCUACGCGUCCCACGCACGACCUGACCCCAAUAGCCCGUACCAAGCCAUCAUGAGAGCGCUCAGAUCUCACAUUGCGUGGGCGUGCCGUAAAGACCACGUCGAGCCUGAUCAAGUUAUAACGUCAGCUGGCAACUUUCCAAACUUCGACUCCCUAGCGCGGCGCGAGUACUUCGAGUGUGUCAACUUUAUGAUAGAGGGCAAUGCGCUGGUCUGCUGUGGCGGAUGGAUUCUUAAUCGUUAGCCUCAGUCCCUAUUUCUACCCCCGUGCAGCAAUCGGCCGUCCGAGCCCCUCUCCCAACUAGCCACCCAAUCACGUGCCUCCUCAGGCCUAAUAGCUCGCGCAUUCGUGGCAGACUUUCGUAAUUGCAGCAACAAUGGCCUAAUGGACCACGCCCAAGUCACGUUAAUCGUCGAGCUUUCAUUGCCAAUGGUGGUGAUUGGCUCGACGUUUGCUGAAUUGCCUUCAGUCUGUUCUGUUACGCACCGGUACGGAUGUUCAUCUGCCUCCCCUCCCCGUGUUCACGGGAAUAGGUGUUAAAACUGCAGGCAGCGAGGGCGGUUGGUCAACUGUGGGCAAAAGAUCCAAGACUCCAUCAGUUCGCGAUCACUGUUCUCACGCCUCGCGGAGAUUUCGACUUUAUGGGACUUUACGUCCUGAUUGGGUCUUAUCGAAUGAGUAGCUCCUCGCUCGCGUUUUCGAUGCGUUUUCGGCUCUCCGCUUCCAUGUUAGUCUACCCAUGUCCUCGGCUUAGUUGUUUGCCGACGGCUGCCCUGGACAGGAACAAGUCGGGUCCAUAUUUGAAAAUCUACAUCGAUUACUCUAUCCAUGGAGCAAAAGGGUUAUCCGCCUGACGUUCCUGACGCGAAUAGCCGAGCACGCAGCAGCAGUGAGGAGGCAGAACAUCGAUUCUCAAGUUCCGGCUUAUUAGACGGGACUCAACUGCACAUUAAGGUUUAAUGAGGUCGAAAUUCUCACAAGAAGUAACAGCCACGUGAGCCGCGAGCUGCACGAAUCGUUCGCAGUCGAUUAACGAGUGCAGUUACAUCCGCCCUGCUUAUUCUAUGCAGGGACUUUGCCUGUGCAGAAUAAUUAGCCGGGAGGGGAGUGCUGGAGCGAGCACUUUUACCGUUGCCAGUGUCGGUAAGCCGAGCCAAUAAUCAACACAAGUUAUGUAAUUGUCACAAUUACCAACUCGACUGUGGGCAAUUAGGGCAUUAUCGCCCCAAGGGCAAUCAUUUAUGAUGAAAGCGUGGACCGCCAGUAGUUGUGCCCUGGCAUAGCAACCGCAUUUAACAAAUACUGCAACCCCUGUGCACCCAUUACCCUUAUCUGAUCCAGUCUGUGGUGUCCACUCCUAGCGUGAACCCGAAACGUCAACGAAUAAAACUCUUGUUCCAGCGAUCGCGUCUCCCUCUUCUGAACUGCUCCCUGGUAUUUCAAGUUUCUAAUUCCUUCACAAAUUAAUCGCCAACUUGGAGUAAAAUCAGUCUCCUUGAGGCUUGUAGGCUCAGACGGGAAUUUGAUGUGUGAAUAUUUGGGCCGAUGUCCAUCAGCCACGGCGAAAUAGCCGCGUAAUAUUUGCAUACUGCCAACAGGCAGCCAGUAGUAUAUGCAUAGGCUGCACGAUAUACCAUGAUUGACACCACAUGUAUUAGCUUAAAGCCCAGACACCCGUUUUGCCGACUUUCUACUGCUGUAUGACAUUGCCGCGCGAUGUUCGGCUCGUCAGUGGGUUCCCCAGUGUUCCCUGUGGACUACAGCAGUUCAUGAACAGUACGCGGUUAUUCUGUUGUAACUGAUGGAUUUCGAUCCAAAUAUCCUCAUCAAAUUCGAGUCUGAGCCUAUAAUUCUCAAAUAGACUGACUUACUACGAUUUAGCGAUUAAUUUCUGAGGAGGUAACAAUCGGGAGAGGGCACCCAAAAAUAUACUGCCGGCCAAAGCAGCGAUCUUAUCGCAACUGUCCCAAGCUAUGCAGCCAUUGACUGAGCCGCACUCUGACGACUGCGAAAGCUCCUGACGUCUGGAAGUAAUGGUAAAAAUGGAUAAUCCAAGUGCUCGGUCAACGGCGAUCGUAUUGCAAUUGUCCGUAGUUAAGCUACUAUAGAAUAAUCCGCAUAGGGACUACUGCGGUCGUUUGUCAGCAGUGGACGCUUAUAUUAAGGUUGUUUAACGUAGGGUGGGUCUACAGCGAUCGUUUUGCUACUGUCCAAAGGGUAUGGUGCCAUAGAUUGAGCCGCAUACCUACAACUGCGGUCAUUCCUCACCUAAGGAAGAAAUGGUCAUGAUGGAUAAGCCAAAGGGCCGGUCCACAACCAUCGUAUCGCAAAUGUUUGAACGUAUGCUACCAUCGAGUAAGCCGCAUAUCGACUACUGUGCUCGCUCUUCAGCUGUGGAAGCUAAUGUCAAGGUUGGUAAACAUAGGAUUGGUCUAAAGCGAUCAUUACCCAACUUUCCUAAGCUAUGCUGUUCUAAAGUAAGCCGCAAACGGACUAAUGUCGUCGCUCGUGACCUAAGCAAGCAUAUGUGAAGGAUGGCAAACCAAUGGUCGGUCUACAGCGAUCGUUUCUGAACUAGGGGAGAUUUAGCCACCUACUCAAAUAGGUAUAGCAGGUAUUAUUUCUAGGCAACAGCUAUUUGGGUGUCCUCUCCCGAUUGUUACCUCUGAGGAAAUUAAAAACUUGCUAUUUAAAAACUGGAGUCAGGCGGGUGCUCACAUCCUCGCCUGUAUGGACUCCGUCCAUUUUUUACUUAGGACGCCUCGGAGUCUAGUGCUCAGGUUAGCAAACGUAAGAGAUCCGGGUAGAUAAUCUGAUGAAAUGGAAGUGCUCACUGGAUCGAGGGACUUGUUUGACUGACGUUUUGGAAGAGCUGGGGCGGCUCUCCAUGAUCAAAACGUCUAGUGCAAAAAUUGAUCAGAAUUUUGAACAGACAGCCGAAUUAGUUGGCCUUGGGCUGGUCGAUUUUUUUUUUCGCUGCCUUGGCCUACUGGCCGUCGCCUGUGAGUGUUGGUGGCCUCCUCUAUUGUGUGUCGUCACCGCAAUUUGGGUCAGUUGCGUUUGCGUCCCCCUUGUGGGUGAAUUGGUCGACAGGCCAUGUUUGCUCGGUAGUCUUAGGCUCCGUGCGACUAUCUUGUCUUCGUCACGUCGUAUGCAGUGACGUAGGACUUUAUAGGCCGAAGGAAGGUCUAGAUGCCUGUUGAUGGAGUUGGCAUCUGAGUACCAAGCCUAGAGUAUGAGACGCUCUGUCCUUGAGGUGCCCCUGCCUAAGACGGCUGCUCCUUGAAAAUCAAAACUGUGACCAGUUUGCCCGAUGUGAGCUGCAACCUGUGAGUUUGGGUCUAGUCCCCGAGUUGCCAGUUUGUGCUCAUGUGGGCUGGUCUGCAAUUUCCGUCCGGUUUCCCCAACGUAGUUGCAGUCUCCAUCGUUACAACGUAUUUGAUAGACAACUGCUGGAGUUUUAGUGGGUGGCAGUAUGUUUUUGGGUUGCAUCAAACGGAGUCUAUUGCGUCUAUCUGAUCCUUUCACCGCGAUCACAGAUGCCCUAUUUUUCUUUUUCUUCUGUUAUUGGAGACAGUCUGCCUGAUUUGUUCAAGCUAGUCAAUGUGAGUUUUGCUAAACGUGCACACCUUCUGCCUGAUAUUCCCAAGGGUGAUUUCACGCGCACAGGACUACGCACAAUGAACGGUCUCGUGCGGGAUGGAGUCUCCUCCGUCAACCGGUGAGUUACGUUUUUUUCCAAUAAAGCAUCUUCGUAAGCUUGUGAUAUGCCUGGUAAUUAGCUGUCAUUCGCAUUCGGGUCCGUUCGGAGGCCCGUUUUGACCAUCUAAUAGUCUUUUCCCCUUUUGCAGACCACAGGUAGCCGUUUAGGGACUUUCUAAGACAAGCUAUUAGCGUCAAAAUCGUUGUGUUUUCCGUAGAGAGGUUAGCCGAUGGCGACAGGCGGUCAGAAGCAGCUAGUUUUUUGCAGAGUUUACCCACAGGGAAACCGACUGGGGAAACAUGAGUGCCUGUCAUUCUCGCAUUGUUUACCGCAUACGUUAAGUCCUUAAUUUCCAGGCUCUUAAACUCGGGAUUAUUAACUGGGUUCGAAGGUAAAUAUCCUACCAUUUGGCUGCAGAAUCCUCCGACUCCAUCUUGGAAUCAAGCUUAAUGACAUUUACCGUGUCAUGAUUGUCCCACUGUCUUUAAAGUAUUCUUUUCUGAGCGCUGACCAUGAAAGUCCCGAUCAAACCUCGUUAGGAUCUGUUUUUAAACCGAAAACUGUCGUUUUUAAAGCAGCGUGGUUGCCGCCUGUUGCCCACAAACUCAAGUUUUCCAAAUGACUUGGAGAAGGAUAAUUUUUUAAAUGGGGGUUCGCUUUCUUCCAAAGCAUCUGCCCUAUUCAGGUACGUUCGCUCAUGUCACUCAACCUGGGACUCUCGUGCUGCUAUGGCUCGACCAGGCGCUCCGUAAUAACACGAACGCUGCGUGUUCACGAUGUGAUAUCCCCGCCACCACAAAGAUUUGCGUGUAAUAAGGACCCGUUCAGUCAGGCCUCCUGUACGGUUGUGAAUGCUGAACUUUGCACAUGGAAGUGUUUGGCCACCACUGUCCGCGAAUCAUCCGUCGAAUGAGGCACCUUGACUUCAUUUCAAACGAGACAGUCUGUACUCGCUGUAACAACAUCGCGAGCUUACCGUUAGUGACCUAACUCAUGAAAUUUGUUGAAAUUUACGAAUGAUUGUCAAUCACUCGCAAACCGACACCAUUUCAUGAGUCGAAUGUCUACUUUAAUGAAGUAUAAGCUUAAAAGAAGUAAAAACAUAAAAGAAAUAGUAAAGGCAGUGUUCAUUGUUUAGAAAUGUCGAUUUAUUUUGAAAAGUUCAAUAUCCCGAAAAAGUCAGAUAUGACUCUAAUUUAGUAAACUUCGUUUUUAGAUGUACUGAAUGUAUUCUCACACCAGAAGCGUAGUAAAUAUGAAAGUAGAAAUAAAAUAACGCCUAAUAAGAUUGUUCUAGUGAAGUUUACAUCUAAAUAUCGUUUAAUAAUUACUGUGAUUUCAUAUAUGACGGUUUGUCAGCUGCCUACAUUCUGAGUGUAGAUUCCAAAACAGUUUCCCAGGGAUUCGUGUUAUCCUUGACUUGUUUAAGUUAGAUGGGGUGGGGUUCAACGAGAGAAACUGGAUUUUGCUUGAUUUCACCGAUGUGGACGUCGUAGGCAGAAAGGGUUUCAUAAGGUAACAUGCUGCGAGGCCGUUCGGUGCCUAAUAAGUUUAAAUAGAACUGACAGGCGGGAUCGUAAGCAUACCAUUUUGUGUUUAUAGAGAGAACUUUUCUUCCGUUAAAUUAAUUUACACUUUUCGUUCGUUUUGGACUUCGUUGACUUUCAGAUCGGCCUCGAAGUGUUGCUGAAUACUUCAUGAUUUUCAGUGUUUUCACCCGAUCGUCCAUAAAGACAGAUUCUGAAUUACCUGUCUGUUGGGAACUUUAAAGCAAGAUUAUUCUUGAAGGCAUUUACCGAAUUAGUGAGUGUUCGGGCGCUCCUUCAGAUGGUCGUUUGGGUCGCACGUGGUUAAAUUACUAUGCUUUCAAUGAAAAACUCGGUCAGAUGCGUAACCGGAGUCUAGGACAUGUUUUAGCAUAGGAAAUUGCAAGAAUAUGUUGUAACGUCCAUUUUCCCUAAAAUUUACUGAUAUUUUACUUGAUAUAAUUACGUAAACACAAUUUCUGCGCAAGAAAAGGACGUUUCAGUGAAGGGAGUGGAUGAGCGAACAAAAUGCGCGCCGUUAAAGACGUCCAGAAAUUUUCGCAUUAGUUUCCUUUAUCAGAUUUUAUGAGAUAGGUCACGUACUGUAUUUCGCCCCAUCUAGCCGUAGCAGGGACAUUUUCUUCGUCGUCCUCCCAAUGAGCUCAAAUUGUUGCUGCCCUCAAUUUGGCACUGUUACCUACUUGAAGGCGUCCAAUUGGAGGUCAUCUAAAAACCUGGCCCGGCACAGUUUGGCAAGACAUGGGGGUCUUCGACCUCCGUUACUAGAGAGGUAACUUAGGUCUCCAGGUUGACUCGAAUCUGCGACGUAAUCAAGGCUGGGUGGAUCCGAAAUGGGCACACCCCGCCAAGUAGAAAUGAAAAAUCAUCUAAACUAGCUGUAGUCAAAACCGACGGUUGAUCAAAUGGGCGCCUGACUGUCGUGUCCAUGGCUUCUCUCCUCCUUGCCGAAGUCUGACUCAUGGCGAUGUAGGCCAGUUCGUGUCACCACCUGUGACUUCCCAUCUAAUCUCCAAACCGCCGGCUCGUGUUCGUGCACACUCGUCUCUAGUUAUCAGCCGUACGUGAGGAAUGUCUCAGAGGCCGUCAGCUGCCUUCUCAGCCCACUUGGAGUUGGGGUUGCACACAGGGCGGAAGCAACCAUCAGGCACCGAGUCAUGAGGCAGGAGAACCCACUGCCACGACAGGAAACGUCUGAAGUUGUUUACCGGAUGUCGUGCAGUUGAAGGCAGAACAACUACGUCGGAGAAACUGGGAGAUUAUCUCGGACGGAGAUGGCCGAGCACGCAACAGCGGCGAGGGGAGAAGAAGCUAGCUCUCAGAUGGCGGCUCAUUCGACAGGACCCGGCCAUAUUUUUAAGUUUAGAGAGGCCGAAAUCCUCGCAAGUGGUGACAACCGCGUGAGCCGCGAGCUACUAGAGUCGUGGAUCUCAGGCCCUCACUCCAUCGACGAGCGCAGUGACCUUCGGUUACCAUAUUCUGUGCUGAGGACUUCCCUGGGCAGGGGAAUCAGUCACGUGGGGAGGGCGCAGGCGAGCAAUUAUCUCAUUGGCAGUGAGCCAAAUGGCGGAGCGAUCAUCACGCCAACACCCAACACGGAUGACGUAAUUACGGCAAUUAACGACUUGGACGCGGACGAACAAGACAUCAUCGUCCCAAUUAUGACCCCAGCGGUGAUCGCUAGAUCUGUUAAUUACAGUAUGCAUGUGAUCCAACGGCAGCUGCGUUCUAUGAAUACUGCAGUCUUCGUGCCUCCACUACCCUUAUCGGCGACCGUCUCUGAUGAUGGAUUCGAGUGAGAAUCCGAAACGCCAGACCAAUGAAAGUUUUUUUCCAGUGGUCACAUCUGCUUCUUCCUCCGAAUCGUCAACCGGCUUUACCAUUCAACUCAGCUCGGCCUGUUCGGCCGCUGGAAGGCUACAGUGGGCGUCCACCCUCCGGUAACGUUCGUGUCGCAGCACUUUGUCACGUGGGAACGUAGAAGCUGUACCUGGUCUUCAGUUUUGUCUAAACCGUUGUCACCAACGGACGGUUGGCAUGGUGACUGAAGGAAAGCGACUUGUAUGUCGGCGAAGAGGGAGUCGUUUUGGGCUUUGAUGUCGUGGCCGCAUACAGUGCGUGACCGAUCUCAUUAAAUGUUGGCUGUAAUUCUGAAAUGCGUUUUCGACUAGGAGGGAUUACUUAGGUGGAGUUGUAAUAUUAAUUAUUAUGUAGCAUAAUCCUAUAAUAUUUUGGACUCGCCGGGAUUUCGGCUUGUGAGGGCACUUCUUUUUGACCUCCUGGAGAAACUACACUCGGUAAAAAUUGUCUACUUAAGUAGCAUGCAUUUCCACACUUAUUUUCGAUGGUCCUAUAAAUUCCAAUAUAUUUUAUAGAAACCAUCCAAAAUAUGCAUUCUUUUACUCUUUUGGUAGAAAAUCAAAAUUUGCUUUGCAUUUUAUGCCUAAGGAAUGUGUUUAUUUGGGUUUUGAAAAAGUUUCUUAUUAUUGGAUUUUCAAGACCAUGCGAUGUCCAUACAUACGGCAUUGCACACGAACGUUUACCAGUGCUCCUCAUGAAAUGUACAACAUAGUCCGCAUCCACUGCAAAAUUUUAUGAGCUCUAUAUAGUAUCUUCUUAUAGACCUAGAAGAUUAUAUGAUUUCAUUUACACGUUGUAGAUUGAAAUCGCUUAACGCUAGUUGAACGGCUGACCAGGCUCAAAAUUAUUCUGGAAUUGGGAAACAUUUUCGAAACCUAAAUGUACUUUUUCUUCGAGUAUAAAAUAUAAAGACAACGUAAUUCUCUACCAAAGGAGUAAAAUAAAGCAUAUUUUUGGACGUGUUUUAAAUAAAAUAUAUUUGAAUUUAUAUGACCAUCGAAAAUCAAUGUAAAAAAUGAGUGCUACUUAAGUAGCCAAUUUUUACCGAGUGUGGUUUCCGCAGGGGGACGAAGCGAAGUGCAUUCAAAAGCCGACAUCCUGACGAGUCCGAAAUACUAUGGGAUAAUGCUACAUAAUAAUUAAUAUUACAACCCCACCCAAGUAAUCCUUUCUAGUCGAAAAGGCAUUUCAGAAUUUCAGCCAACAUUUUAUGAGAUCGGUCAUGCCCUGUAUGUCAAACCUCACUCACCUCCAGUUCGGCUUAAUUUUCUCAAAAUUCUGGCGAAAAAGUCGAUAUUUUGGUUUUGAACUAUGUGGGACCGGGAGAUUCGAUGAGUUUCGACUCAGGCGACCUCCUCAAGCCUAGCAUGAUUCUCACUGUCACUGUAUGUCAUAGCGGCCGGUUGUUCGCCAUCUUGUCAAUCACGGGAUCCGAAAUAAGAUUUAAAAGCUGGCUACUUACCAAACGGCGCUAAUAUUCUGAGUAUUGUGAAUUGUGACUUUGUUUGCCCUUUUUCCUCGGGUUUCUUUGCAUGUACGACCAAAGAUAUUGGAAUCUACACCUGAGAAAUGUCAUUAGAGGACUCUGUACAAUCAAAAUGACGGACCUGUUUGCUUAUUUGUUAAUCUACCGAGUACUUCGGAUUAUUCGACUAUUGUUCUAAUAGCUCGAAACCAAGUAACUGACGAACAAGUCAUGGUUCUGUCUGGCAGUUAGCACGACAAAUAUCGAUUUUGCGCACAGUGGUGGUAUUGUAGUGGGCUAAGAUGGAAAACUUCUUACACUUUAAUCUCGUAGACCCUCUAACACCCCAGCCUUAAAAUACUGAUUGAAGUGGUAGAAUGAACACACAUUACCCUGCUAUAUCUCUAACCGGCCGUUAGCAUGACAUCUACAGUAGGUGACGUAGGACAUGAAAUGUCAAACGGAAUUUUGAAACGUGUUUCCAUUAAAUAUAUAUAUUCAGGCUGGGUUAUAAUAUUGACUAUCAUGCGUCAUGAUCCAAAAAUAUUUCAGUCACGCAAUAAUAGCGGCUUUAGAAUGCGACUUUUGGCGACCGCCGCCUACAAUAACUAAUUUCCGUGAAAAUGACUUCCAAGGUAGUAUGAACUUUUCCGAGUGACAUUCGGAGUCACUAUAAAUUCAUGUAUACCUUAUAGGGAUUUCCGCAAAAUAUCAUUUUUUACACUCACUUGGUAUUUAAUUUCGUCAUCUUCAAAUCUCGUACCUCAAUAAAAGGUAUGCUUCGCCUUUAAAAAGAUUUGCGAUCAUAAUAUUUUUAAGAUCGUGGGGUUUCCGUUCAAGUAGUAUCGUGUCAGUUCGUUUAUUACGUCUCUUUCUGAAGUAUACAACAUAUUCUAUUUCCAUUAUGCAAUUCUGGUAGCAGUAGAUAUAUUUUUUAAUAACAAAGAAUAAUAGGUGAUUCUUCUUGAAUAGGAAGUAUGUGGCUAUAAUUUGAAAACCCUACAAUCAUUUUGGAGUAGAAAGAUUUUUGAAACCAAUAGACGCCCUGGCUUGAAACGUAACCUUUAAAGAAAACGUGACUUUCUAUCAAAUUAGUUCAAUAAAAAUUAUUUCCAGGUGUCUGUAAGAAAGCACAAGACUGGUCGAACACCGGGACCAUUUGUUUAUUUGCCCGGGCUUUCGAACUCGUGCGGGAGUCCAUCUUCAAAGUUAAGAGUAGCAACAGAGCAGGCGACAGUUAUAGGGGGUGUUUGCCAGUCCCCGGUUAGUGACACAGGUCCGGAGAUGGCUGCAUAUUACUCUGUAUGCCGACGCCAAAUCGAUUCAUCCAUUAACUGAGUUCUCAUUCGGGGCCCAGGUUUCAAAUUAUCCUCAGUUUGUCUUCAUUCCGUCGUGGUCGAUUGCCUUGGUGGCUGCGGAGCUAAACGCGCUACCCUUUUUGGAGAUGUUGGUGGCCACCUGAGAUAAUCGUGACCCCGUCGCACAACCAGCGGAUGUUUGUACCUGCGCUACCUGAGCUGCAUUCAGUCUGACCAGUGUGAUUACCAGGACAGUUUAUGCAGGGGAUACGAUACGCUGCUGAUUUAAGCGGUCUCCGAUUUGCUGUGAAUGGGUAGCUAUAGGACGGUGGGCAAUCCCAGCACGUACUUCCGCAGUAAUGCGCUUGGUCGCCCUUGAUAGUUACCCCAAGGAAGGGGAGUUGCGGAUCCUUUUCUUACUCCUUUAUGAUUUAUAUAUCCGGGAAGUUUGCGUUUAAAAAAAUCAUGGAAACUCAGCAGCAUGCCCUUCCGGAGGAUAACAAACGUAUCGUUUGACUCCCAUUGCAUGAAGGCUGUCAUUUCCAGCUCCCGUGGGACUAGUUUUUCCGCUAAACCAGAUGUUGGAGAGCCCUUGGAGUCCUUUUCCAAACCAAAGCACGUUCUAGAAUUCCGGUUGGCAUUUUACAUGAUACGUCACAUACUGUACCUGUAUUUUGUGGUUCCUAGUGGAGGGGGAGGAUUUAAGUGCAUCAGGGCUUUCUUUAAUAAAGUAUUUGUUGUUAAAUUGAUCCCUACCAGACCUCCGACUAAGCUCGUGCACACAACUCCAGACAUUGCGAUUCUGGCUUUUCUUUGUUCUGAACGGAACUUGAAUUCGGGUUUUUUUCUCUUUAGUUAUUAUCACCGGUUUGGCGAAAUCAGACGGCAGGCCGCGAUCGACUUUAUUCUCGGUCACACCACCAGUCCAGAGUUGAAUUUCAUCCAAAGUUGCUCCCUGCCCGAGGCGCUGUCUCCUACUGUAAGUGAGUUCGAUCUGCACACCUUUCUAUAUAAGUUUCAUCUAGGUUACUAUUUUUGUGAGAUUUUGAUUGCCAGAGGUCCAGACUCUGCCGCACAUUUGGGUGGGGUUGCCUAUACUAAUAUCGCCCUUCUCAAACGUCGGCAUAGUCGAACCCACAUGGGCAACACGACCCCCUCCCUCCUCCUCCCCCCUCCCCCGAGGAAGAAAAGCUCAGUCUAUUGGCCUAACUCAGUGGAUAGCCGGCGUGUUCACAAACGACCAAUAGUGGUUGAUGGCGAUCAUCCUCGUCUUCGAGGAAUUUGCUUCCUGACCUCUUCGACUGCUGCCUUCACGCCCACCUGGGACACAACAGAUUGCAUUUCUCCACUGUAGCACUGCAAGGUGAUCAGCCUGGUUAAGAUCCCUAAUUCACGAGCCACUGUCAAGUGUAACGCCAGUGUAGUUCUCCAUCCUGUGUGCCGAUAAAUCACGGAAGCAACCACCACGCCGUUCCCGCUGUUCUGUCAUAGCUGGCUUGAUUCAACUGAAAUGUUAUCAUGCAGCAUGAUCGACCAUAGUGAAUCACAGUGGAGGGAGUCGACUGCGUAGGCAGAAUCCAUGAGACAGGUAGACUGCUGAUGGCAACUUCAGUGUUCAGAGAUUUGACGCAGAGAUCAGUUCUACUCAGCACAUCCUCGUGUUAGCCCAAAGUGACGCUCAUUCGUUACUGUCCGUUCGUCAUUUUACAAGCGGGGCGAUUGAAGAGGAGAGAACACCGUCAUACCAGUCGGUGUGGGGGGACUGUCGCAGUUAGCCAAAUUCGAGUUGGCUGUAACCAAUUAAAAUUGGACGCCGCACUUUGUCAGUUUCACAUUUACGCGUCUAUCACCUCGACAAACGACAAACUACGGUCAUAGUGGACGGGGGGCCGUCUUUAUAAUGUGGGAAUUAAACCUGCCACUAGACCGUCUUGUCUGAUAGCGAUGCCGUCAGCACGCUUCGUCUGAGUCCAACAUAACCUUCGGGUAUUUUGGUUGGUCGAAGUGCGUUUCAGUUCUUAGACGGCUUUUACAGAAUCCGUCGCCCCUUAUCAUGCAUUCCGUGUGGUCUCAUGCACACGAAUGCCAACUGAAUCGGUGCUUCCGAGAUCCAAUUUCUUCGAGAACACCUGCCAUAACGUAGGGCCUCCCAACAGGUAUUUUGAGGAGUUUGUAGGACCCAAUCCAGCGUCGUACUUUCCAGCCUCUGGUUUUCGGUCGGCGACCGAGAUAAAGCGGCCUACGUAGAGGAUUGUGAACCGAUCUCACUUCGACAUAGUGCCCAGCCCCCAGACAGUGACGUUGUCAACAGCUACCGGCGGCAUAUGCACUGGACUACCGUUCUACGGAGGGAGCUGCAGGGGUCAAUCCCAUUUCCCGUUUUCUGGCAUGUGACUGUCUGUCGGCGGACGCGACAGCCGAGCUGACUCUCAGGAAUACUUGAAUUGGUUUUUAAAAUUUUUCUUUGGGUUUGAGCCAUUUGUCUUCUACUAAAAAGACCUCAAAUGUAGCUGCCGUCUGCGUCGGUGCGACGAAGCAUCUCGAGACAGCCAGAUAUGAGCCUGUGCUAUUGACGGGACGUUUUAAUUGCCAGCAUCCCAUCUCCUCUCAGGUCGUGUCUUUUCGGCACAGCACGUUGUCUGAGCGGUGGUCGAACCCUCACAAAGGCCUGGACAGAGCUGUUCUCGCUGCCAAUACCGCCACCACGCGCGAAAGUCUACCACCGAACUCUGACCUAGUGUGGUCUGACAAGUGCGCAAUUGAGUGUGACCUGCGUCAUGCUACCGCGGCAUGUUGCAUGAAGUAGGUCUAGUAGCUUAGUUCACCAUAUUUAAGGGUAAAAGGCGUUGCCUUGGCAGACCUUCUUAUAGUAUUUGAAUCAACAUAAACAUGUUACUAUACGUUUUGCAGUAACAUGCGUAUUUUGGGAAAUACUGUCGAAAUGGGGGGAAUUCAAACCCAGGCACCAUUAAAGAUGUCGUGGAGGGUUUUUGGAAUAAUUUAUAUCAACAGAUAAGAAAAUGGUAAGUCUUUUAUCAUUUUCACUGAUUAUAACAAGAGGUGAGUCCCGUAGACGCAAAAGACUUCCCUGUUUCUGUGUUACAAACGCACGCCGCGGCAGAUACAGUCCGUUCACUGAGACACCGUUGCCUGCCGUUUGAAGUUUGCCAAAGAUGGUCUCUCCUUCCCUCUUCCUUCUAUCAGCAUUUGUUGUUGUGGCGAACGUAAUAACAUCUGUGGCGUGGAAAACAGUGCCACAAGGAUGCACAAACGCUCUGCGUGGGGAUAUUGGUUGCCAGUGCGCAUGCGAAACUUUGACUGCAUCAUACAGAGCCAUUACGGCGUCGCUGUGGAAUAGUGUGAACGUGAUCUGGGAGACACACACCAUGAAGUGGGAGUCGACGUCCGCAAUUUAGUGCGCCAACCCUCCGCAGUGCUGCAAGUGAAGGCAGCGAUCACACACUCCAAAAUGCAAUGUGCAGCCCUCCCGGGGUUAAUCAGUUUGCUUACUUACUAUUCAGUCUACAAGCCAAGGACCGGACGCUUCGGGGCUUCCGGGCGCCGUAGCAUGAAUGGAGGAAUGAGGUGGAGAAAUCUGUGUUUUAGUCAAGUUUUCAGUGGCUUGCUACAAGCUGGGUCACCUCCUGCUCAACGUGACAUUUGGACGACGGCCCUGCCAAAAGAUAAAAUUGUCUAAGGACUGUUCAUAUUCCCCAAGUCACUGUGCUGUCAUCCAAUUUCUACAGGAAUGUCUGGGUUUUCGGUUUGCCAAAACUAAAUCCUCUGCAUCUGCUUGGUCAGCAGCUGAUUUUUGCCAGGCGCAAGUCUGCUUGUUUCGUGAGUGACUUUUAGUGAAGGUUCCUGCUAAUUAUAUUAGCGUGUGGUUGCGUGGCGACUGCGUUCUAUAAGUACUGUGCUCCUUGUGUCCUCAUCACCGUUUUUUGCGACUGUCUCUGGUGAUGGACUCGAGUGAGGAUCAUAAACGUCAGACUGAUAAACGACGUGCUUCAGCGAUCGCUUCUUCUUCUUCCAAACUGUUUCCGGGAACUCGCCGAUUCGCUACAAUUGGCACAAGAGUCGACGCUCGCCCACGAACUCCCCGCGUAGUUAAUUACUCAGCCGAAACAAACUCUCAGCGUGGAAUAUGAAAGUGGUUGUUGCUGCACUCGUGAAUCAACUGUGGGCAGUUCAGACAGAUCGUGGCUCGCGCGAUUGUCACUGUUCACAAGAAUUUCGGCCACACCAAACUUGAAUGUGCAUUUCAGUUUCGUCGAAUCAGCCGGAACUUGGGAGCCGACGUCCUGCCUCCUCACUGCUGCUGCGUGUUCAGCCGUCCGCGUCCAGACUAAUUUACCAGUGUCUUCGAAGUAGCUUCUUUUCCCGCAACCACCAGGGAUCUGGUAGACGACACCCGACGUGUUCCGUCGUGCUAGCGGGUUUUCCGGCUCCAUCAUCUGGCGCCUGAUGGUUGCCUCUGUUCUGUGUCCAACCCCAGCAUCACGUGGUGUCGCAAAAAAGCAUGCUUUGACAUACCAACUUAAUCCUAUAAAUACUGCAGUCCGUAUGCUGUCUUUAAUGCUAAAUUCGAAGGUGAAUUCAAUAGUUCAAACAAAUAUGACUAUUGUUUUAUCGAUCGCCUCCCAUUUCUCUUAACUGCCUCCUGGAACUCACCUUUUCACUUGUUGUCCUGAAAUAUCACGAUUGUUGCCAGUGAAUAAGACAUCCAGGAUGACUCUCUUAGUUUUAUCUUCUUCCAUCAUCGUGAAUUCAAUGUCCAGAGGUCGGGCUUUGGGGUUUUUUUCGAAUGGAACCACCCGGGACCCAUCAUGCACGAUGAAGUUGGCAUCCAAACUCCUGGGCCGAAAAUCCAUUCUGUACUUCCGAAACCUUAUAGAUUUGGGUUGGUACGGAAGCCCGGUCAUUGGCCGAAAAUCACUGAUAAUUUUAGAAUAUGCGCCGUCUUUGUUGUGCCUAAUGUAUUCAUGCGGCGAAUACACUGCCGCUUUGAUUAUACUUGGAGCCAGUUCGUGAGCGGAUGCUCUUUGAUGGCUCACUAACGUGCCCUGUUGUAUGUCUUCAAACAACCCCGCGGUAGUUCACGUGCCAACACAGGUUUUGCUGAUUAAAUAGCCUGCUGAAGCAACUAUGGCUAAUCCGGUGCACCGGAUCUGUAACCUGCCCUUCCUUUCUUAGCCGGGUGACGCAGUCAUGCAGCCGCUGUUGGACCAAUGUCGUGAGCUCUGCAUGCUCGACAGCGAACUGUCCUACUUCGAAUUUGUUGCAACGUCUGCAAACCAGUAAGUGGCUGGACAGUUUUACCUCUGAUUUUUUGUGCAUCCUUUGAAGUUUAUUGAGGACAAGUCGAUUUUAUAGGCAACAACACUUUACCUCCCACGACGAACCUUUCUGUUUGCCAGCCUUAACUCAGUCCUCUGUGUCUGUUUGCGCAAUGUCGAAAUUGCUGUUUAUCUGGCGUUUAUAAAUAAACUGUCGGACGCUAAAGUCGAUACUUCCCCAUGUUGAUAACUAUAUGCAUAUAAAUUUGAAGACAAACACGUUGCCUGGUAAAAUAGAGAACUUUAUUAAGUAAAUUUCCUACACUGGUUUUCCAGGUCGUCGUCAGACUUUAGUAAAUGUGCAGAAAACAAGUAACAUUUCAAGCGCGCUGAGAAACCAAUAUUCAUUUGGCGAUUCAGCCGCGUGCGGCCGCCGUGUGCCUCAGUCUGUAUCGAUUGGCGCUCGUCUCUUCCACUUUUCCCUUAUAUUUCUGUGCAUGGCGUCUAACUCAAUGUGCCGAUUGAUGCAUGAUUCAUCGGAGUGCAUGGUUUCAAGAAGCUCUCCGCCUUUUUUGAAGGGGCGAACUCCGAAGAUGCGAGUUUUGUCCCGUGCGAAGGUGUGCCCAGUCGUAAGGGUGUACGUGGCCAUUUUGGAUAAUUGGUCUCACCUCUUAACUACCAGUUGAUGCUCGUGAAUGCGUGUAGACUUUCCUGUUUGGCCACAAUAUAUAGCAUCACAGGCAUCGCAUGGGAUCUUAUAGACGACUUCUUUCUUACCAAGAUAGCCAAUCCAUAUCCCUAGGGUGUACAAGCUGAAUGUAUAUUUAUUUUUUAGCCCGUUUUAAAUGGUAAGCGUUUUUGCACAUUUACUUAAGUCUGACGACGACCUGGGAAACCAGUAUUCAAUAUUUACCCAAUAAAGUUCUGCUUUGUUAGAACUCUUAGAUCUUUGUCUUGAAACGAGCUUUUCAUUUGCACAGGAAUACUGCCAACAGCUGAAGGGAGCUCCUAUGGGAUGACCUAUAUCUGGUUUUCUCGCAGACGUCACAAUGCAAAAAUUAGAGGCUAUCGCCUUACCACUAGUUAACCCUAAAUUAUGGGUACGAUAUGUUGAUGACACGUUUCUCAUUGUUAAAAGUAAUCAACUGGAAAUACUCCACAUUAUUAUUAAAUCAAUAUUCCCAGGAAUCACCUUCACACUCGAGAAAGAGGCUGACAACAAACUCCCCAACUGUUUUACUUUCUUCCCUGUCCUAACAGUUCUGCAUCCCUUAACCCAUUUCAGGCUGCAAAAACCUUCCCGUUACCUGGAUACAAUUGGAAUGAUUACGGACAAGUAUCUGCAUCUGGUGAGGUAAGGCCUCAGCUUCCUAAUUUUCAUCAUGCGCAGCAGACUUUUUGAAAACCGAAUAUUACCCUUCUUUCGAGUAUAAAAUCGGAAGAAGUCCUAAUUUUCUACCGAAUGAGCGAAAGAAUGAAUAUUUUUAUGCAUGUUUUCCAUGAAAUAAAACUGCAUAUUUAGGGGCAUCGAAAAUCAAUGAGAAAAAUGCAUGCUACUUAAGUAGUCACUUUUAGAUAGCAUAGUUUUUUUAUGAGGCCGAAAGAAGGUUCGUUCGAAAACAAGCAUCCUGAGGUAUCUGAAUUAUGCUAGAAUUAUACUGCCGGCUGAAGUUUUACAACCCUACUUAAGUAAUCACUUCGAAACCAAAACACAUUUCGGAAUUUCGGUUGACAUUUCAUGAGUUAGCCCACCUACCGUUUAUAUCGCGUGGCCCGUUUUAGGGGUAGGGUCCCCCAAACUACUACGCCUCACACAGCCAGACUGAGCGAUGCACACCUGUCCCGUGAUUGGCGAUCACUGCUGGGAGCUGUAGGGACCGGGGUCGGAUUUUAUUGACCAGAUCGCGCUGUACUCCCCGUAUCUGCAUAGGUUCAAAACAGACUCCCCUUCCUCGGCGCUUGAGCCCUUUUCCUCUUAUGCAUUUGAAGACUUUCACGUGAUUUCCAUCCCGUCCUGUUAUUCACACUAACUUGAUUACCUCGCUAGCAGUAUUUGUUCAUCCAAUUUUUUUGUCAUUUUGUCAAAUGCUGCCCCUGAAACUUACGGUCAUGCCUUGGAUUGUUUUAGGCUCACUAUUGUACAGAAGCCUGCCUUCCAGCCACACGUACGGAUCCCAGUCGAGGCAAUUUACAAGAUUGUUGUUGGUAAGUCGCGCCUCGGUUUGCUGGUGGGGGAGCAGACGCCGUCUGUCGUUGUGAGGGCGACCUCUAGCACGCCAUAGGCGCCAGACCGCUAAAUUUUCCAACACUUAGUCAGAUGAAGCUAACGUGCACCGAUCUGCCCUGAUUGCUGGACAGAACUGAGGGUUUCCGCGUUUAGAGUUGGGGAUCUGCAGUCCAUCUAGGCGGUGGCAUGGCGACCCGGGGACAAUAAUUAUUAAGGGCUCACCGACAAAGCCACGGACACUGGAAGGGCCAUUUUGGCUUAUUUUCCCUCAUCAUCCAAUGAUAGCUCAAUCCCGGGAUGCACCUCCGAUAUCCAGUCGCUCAUUGGGCAACGCUCCCACUGGACUUACGGAUUCGCGUCUUGUCGAGAUCGGGAGUGUUUAGUUGUAAGGGUCAUGCACCGAUCUAUCCGGAGUAUAGGAUGAAAAUUAGCAUUGUCGCUUCGCCUUGCAGCCGAGUGUCUACGGCCCCCCCACGCAGCCGGUCGCAUGGCCAUUAACGGCGCUAAUUGCGAUGUGUUCACCUACAAAUUCACGGAUACUAGAAUGGCCAUUUAGAAAUCCCCGAGGCCGCAUACUCGCCGUGCUUUUUUGUGGCUUCUUCAUCGAUUAGACAGUGCGCUCUGAACUCUGACAAAAUCCCGCGAAUGUGUAUCCUUUACCCGUUAUUCCUGCCCGACAGGAAGGUGUUGAUAAGCGGUCACUAGCCUUGCUAGUGCCGGCAAACCCUGUAGUGGGCACUUUUCUAACCUGUACCGGGAUCAAAACGCUCUUGAUCUCCAAAAAUUCAUUGACCUGACACGCCAGGGGUGUUGCAGCGAACGGGGGUGGCUGAAUAAGCAGGAAAUGGGGACUGUUCUGGUCUGAGCCACAACGUAAAUCAUCACUGACAAGUGAUUACGAAGACUUAAGCUUGGUAUUACGGCCCCUUUCUAUAGGAAGUUUUCUUAUGCUCUAGCCGUAACACUUAGCUGGUGGCCCGGUUUACAACUCUCGGCAAUCGAAUCCUCAAAAGAGCAAGGUGUGAAGGGCAGGCGUCUAAUGCUGAGCUCCCAACAACAAAACCUGAUGAUGAAAAGGCAGAUACAGUGUCGAAGGGCGUCCUUCAAUUAAGCCAAUCAGAUCAUGCCCUUGACCUGUUAACAUGUGGUUAUGUCUGCUGACUCAUUUGAUUGGCUGGGCGCCCCUCCAAUCCUGCCGGUGACUGGCGCGAUCUCAAAACGUUCAUGCCGUGCGGGUGUGCGGGCGGAUCGAUAGGACAGUAUAUGCACGCGUCCUUAGAGCGGCAUGCAAAUGAGUUGGUUAGGACGGCCUCUCCUACCACGCUUAUCCCUGCAUCAACAAUCAACUUAGUACUCACAUGAAAAUGGACUUUAGAAAUAUUGACGGCGGGUGCAUGUCCUUGGGCUGCUUGUGCUGUAGAUUCGCUUCGCCAAUGCUGGGGCUAGAUCGGGGUCCGGCAGGUGUUAUGGGAAGAACGCGUCCAUAACAAACGCCAACAUAGGAAGUCUGUUGGCAAGUUAGGCUUCUAGCGAACAUCAUGCCAGUUGGGAUCUUUGCGUUCCCAUUGUUUGUUGUGUAAAAUCCUAGUCAGUGUACGUUGUGGACUACUAGGGGGUGGGGUGGUACGCCCAAGUGCGGGUUUUUACUGUAACAUCCACCUGCACCCUCUUCCGCCUCCGGUCUUCUUGACCUUGUCUUGACAACAGGCCCAGGUGAGGGAGGAGGAGGGAAUACGGUAAAUGCGGCUUGAGUCCACUGGCAGCAUAAACGAAUUCACGCGCAAUUCACCGUGCCCUUUCUCACCCUGCUGUGGAGCACAGGGUGGACACCGUCGCCAGCGGCGGCCGAAUUGUAUGUGUUAACAAAAUGACCUUUCAUUUACCAUCGUUGCCUCCUCUCGAAUGGGACUAGCUGCCCGAAAAAGCAUGUGGAGGUUAUCGGUAGCCCGAAAGACGGAUAAAAUCAGUUUCAGAUGGUCGUAUGUUUAGGUUACGGCAGGAAAAUGUCCAUAUGAAUGAAGAAGUAGAAAGUCACGGCUCAAUUUUAAGGUCCGUCGUUUGUGUUACCUGGAGCGGGUGGCGAUUUCUAAGUACGCCCCUUUCCAACAACCGGUUAGUUCCGUUACGCACACUUGCAUUAAUGGUUCGCAGUUGCUUCUGUCAGUGAGUCUUUCGACCCCCGACCGUUCUAUGCUAUGUAUAAUCGUCGGCGAUGACCUAAUUGCCUAAUAAUUGUACUUUCAGGUGUCGAAUCGCGCCUCCUAAGGGCACCUCUUCCCGUCCUCCAAAUCUACUACAAGGCGCCGACCGUAGGACCUGGAGACGCGACGGAAACUUCCCUGAGUUCAGUUGAUAAUGUACCCGUGGCCGAAACUAAUGCCAAGGUAUGCGAAAUGUUUGUUAUCGAUCUUUCCUAAUGAUCAAGGCAACUUCGACUCGAGUCAUUUAGUUUUAGGCAUAUUUCUCGUCUUCCAUUGGCAGUGGAAUUGAUAUCAUCGUUCCCAUGUAGGGGAAUUAAGUAGGGGAGGGGGAAGAAGAUAAAAUGAGGGGCAUUGAAACACAAAUUACCUCAAAUGUCCUGAUGGUGUCUUUGGUCAGCCAUUACUGUAAUUUUUGAUGAUGACAUCUGAUGGACUUUUGCAACCAGAACUCCUUCUGAGAAACUACAGAAAGACGAUAAUGCUGAGCUCACUUCGUUCACGUUAGGCGCCCAUCAAAGCAAUGAUUUGUCUGAAAUAAGUGAUGAGAAUCACCACUAUCUCUGUGAGGUGAGUCCUACAAAUAUUGACCUGCAAUAAAGCGGACCAUCGCAGCGUCUACUUUGCGAGCGCGACUACACGCUCCACACACAUGCUAGAACCUGGCCCACACUAAUAGUCACCGGAGAGGUCUCUCGUAUCUCUCAUUACGUAGAUUGGGAGCUUUACAAGAACUUCACAUAAAGUGGUAAGGACGUAGCCCGAACUACCUCAGAUUACUCGUUGAACAAUCACAUUAUUAGUUUACUUUGCAGCUAGAAAUCCUUUGAACUCGGAAUGUUGUCAUUGCUGUUGGCAGGCGAAUGCUUUUUUGAUCGCCAGGGACCUUUGAAAAAUCUAAACAGAACAACCAGACGCAACCCUCCGACCCUCUCCAAAUAAAGUCAAACCUUUUCCUAAUGGCCACUGGUUGGUCCGCCUGGUGGAGGAAUGGAUUUGUGGCGUCUGCCAGUGCUCCCCGUCGCUGCGCUCAUCAUUUUUAAGUUCCACGACUCUUUCAGACGACUAACGGACGGUUAUUUGAUAGUAGAGGGACAUUGGUCAUGCCGCAGGGCUCUGUGAGCGUUUUAUGGGCAACCGUGCCGCCAAAUCGAUGCUCAACAGACUCCUCGGGCACAACGAAGACACUCCGAUCGCCGCAGUUAACAGUGUCCAUCGCCUGCGCCACCGGGUGGGCGUGGCACUGGAGAACCGCUUGCGAAUUGGCUUAAGAUGAAACAGACUUGCGCGGCAUCUACCGCACUCCCUCACCCACUCAUUUUGAUUCAAUAGGAGGUCGAAGUGGGCACAGGGACGGACAAAUGACUAAACAGUUCGUCUUCGUAAAGCACACACGACCUAUUUUUCACUGCAUCACGUUCAGAGGGCACCAUUACAACCUUACUCGCAGUUAUGAGAAGGACAGAGUGGUCCCUUCAGUUGAAAGUCUUCCAAGUCACGACCUUUAGCAUGUAGUGAUAAAUUCGAAUGCGUUAGAGUUAUUAUAAUGAGGGAUGUGAUGUCAGAGCUGCCCUUAGGGUCUCUUGGGGAGGACGUCGUGUGUGGAACCUAUGGACUAGAGGCUUGGCUAUGCGCCAGCAACUCGACUACGUGCGAUGAGCGUGAGAAUCGAUAAUCUUGACCGGCACACAAGCACAUAGCAACGGCACGGCAACUGCAUGCUUCAACUCCUGGCCAGUCGAGCCGUGGUGCACUCGGGAGCUGCCAACUGCGAUAGGCAUGUAGCGGCCUAGCAACUGCAUCCUAUAAAUACUGCAACACCUGAGCAAUUUACCACCCUUAUCUUUCUCUGUCUCUGAUGAUGGACUCGAGUGAGGAUCCGAAACGUCAGGAUAAUAAAGCCCUUGUUCCAACGAUCGUGUCUCCGUCUUCGCGACUACUUCCUGAAACUCGCCCCUUCGCUUCUAGUAGUCAACCCCUGUGCCUAAACCCACCGCCGAUUUAAAAGGUGACGAAGACACGAUCACUGGGACAGUAGCUGUAAUGGUCUUAGCUUUUUAACUCGAACAGGAGCUCAUAACCAGAGACUGUUAGAGUGCAGCAACGUGUUAACAUUUAUAUCGUUCUGCCGUGAGUGGAGAGGGAUUACGUCCGUGGCUAGGUCUGGUUCGUGCUGCCUGGCCCAUAAUAGUUUCCCGGCAUGGUGACGGCGUUUGUACUUCGCGGCGAUAUGAGCUGCGCCACCUGGCUGCGUGGGCGUAGAGCGUGACAACACGCGGGCUGGUGGAGCUGGUGUCCGACACCCACGCCUCCAAUAGUUCCCGCCCCGUCUUGUUGCUGGCCCGCGCCAAUAUCCGCAUGUUGGUGAAGUCGCACUCAUGGCCUUCCUCCAGCGUGUGAGUGGCGACUUGAGCUAGUUGUUCGCCUUCCCGAACGGCCCGUUUAUGCUCGAGUAUUCGUGAGCUGAGGUGUCAUCCUGUUUGGCCUGUCUAAUGUCAGGGGCAUUUAUGGCAGGGGAUUUGAUUGACUACGCCCGACUGCUCACUUGCGCCCAACUGAUCCUUCAUAUUCCUGAUUCUGCUACGCAUGGUAGCCGCCGGAUGAUGAACGAUGCCCACGCAUAACUCUGACGCAAUUCGUUCUGUAGCCUCAGGCACAUUCUUUAUGUACGGUAGGGAGUGCCAAAUUGUUGGCGUCUCUCUUCCGUCUGUCCGUCGUGGGUGCGUGCGUAUGCAGCGGCUGAUGAAACUAUUUGGGUAGCGGUUCUUUUUUUAUUGGUCCUUGAGAUUCCGUAGUUCUUGCAUCCUCCCUUCGGGCUCGCUACAGUGCGUUUUUACCCGGUCGAGAAACGCUCUUGCGCAGCCCGUUUGCGCAACACCGGGUGGUCGCUCUGAUAGUUGGGGACCUGAAUUGUGCUGGUCGCCUUUCUGUACACUAUGGUGCCGAGUUUAGCAUCAGAUGUGCGCGUGACGAGCACGUCAAGAAACGGUAAUUUCUCGGCCUCCUCGUCUUCUCUUGUAAAUUGAAUGUCCGGGAAGAUGUUGUUAAGCAGGUCUGGAAAACCCGAUAUCCUGUCCUCAAUACUGACGAGUGUAUCGUCCACGUAUCGGUGUCAAAACACAGUUGUGUAGUGGCUGAAAGCAACCUUUUCCAGCUCUUGUAGAACCAAUUCCACAACUAGCCACGGGAGUAAGCCAUCCCCCCCGCCUUCACGGUACAACGGUAUAAAGUUUCACAUGCUGUUCCACUCUAACAGUCUCUGAGGGUGAACUCCUGUUUGAGUUCGAAAGCGAAGACCGAUAAAGCUACCGUUCCAGUGAUCGCGCCUUCAUUUUCAUUUAAACAAGAAUCUGGGAUGCGUAUAUUCUCUUCCGUUCCACCUCCGAUUGUGCUGACAUUGUCUUGUCCUCCGUACCAGAUGGAUGAGGGAGGGGAAAGUGUGUGUUGGGCGCUACGCAAGUCCGCCUCAUUACAAACUACUUCGUAAGCAAGUCUCCGUCGCUGCGCCCACUCCGCGAGUCGCACAAUGGAGGUUGUCGCUGGCGGCGUUCGAACUGUCGCCUAUUGCACCACUAGUUUUUUUUCGAACCCCAUAUCCCUCCUCCUCCUACUCCUCCUCCUCCUCCUCCCCCUCCUCUUCCACCAUCACAGCCAGAGACAGGACUCAGUCCAGACGAGAACGUCUUCGGUGUUCGUCUACCGCCUGGACCGCAGACCCUGUAUGCGGCGACCAUGCAGACGGCCUCAGCGAACGCGCCUCUGCACGCCACAAUUCUGCACUACGAGGUGGCCGAGGAGGCCUCUGAGGAGACGGGCACCACGACGCCGGGUGGAGUCACCGACACGGAGGAGAGCGAUGCAGCGCCCUCCGUGACAACUGCCUCGGAGGCGUCGCGCGCCACGGCCCGGGGACAGCAGCCAACCGCGGCUGAGCACUACCUCUCCUUCCGGCAGCCGGGCGUGCGCCUCUUCAACAACACCCUCAUCCCCGUCUCCAAUGAUGAGGAGGCGGUGGAGGCCUUGCGCGCGGUGGCUGACUCACUCUGUAUCAUCCUCAAGUCUACAGGUGGGUAGCUUUCCGACUCCGAGCCGUGCAUUUCGUCUUUGCUGUGAUGAUACGGUAGCAAAAUGCCCCACGAAAGACCCCUUAAAUUGGUCAUGCGCUGGACCAAAACUGGGGCUAGGUCGAAGCCUGGCAGGCAGAUAGACCUAAAUAACGACUCUCACUGCAGGACUCUCUGCGGCCAGCCAUAAAUUUCAUUUCUUGAUUUCAUCCCUAUGUAACACACGCCCGACGUUUAAUGAAAUUUUCCCUCUUAAAGUACGCAAAUGACUGCACUUUAUGCUGAUUGUAUAUAAUUGCACUUCAAAUUUCGCAUGUACAUUGAAAAAACCGCCUACCGCACCCGCAGUCCCGCACCGUAAAAACGUUUUCUGUAAACAAAUAUGUUACUGGCAAAAUUUAGUAAGAUGUGCAUUUAGCAUUUAUACUGUAUAACCGUUUCAAUAGGGCCAUCAAGGGCAUUGCCUAUUACCCUAAAAUACACUAUAUAUAUCGGGCGUUCGCACCCAUAGCACAUGAUGACAUUGAGGGCGUGGCGGUAGACCGAGUUGCAGGCGCACAGCUCACCAAUCAGGAUUUGAGUCGCCUCCUCCCCCUCUGUUCUUGUGAUAUAUGACCCUGGCCAGUGUGCGUUGCGGACCAGGGGGUGUAGGGGUAAGUAUAGGUGGGUUUUUUCACCGUGCUAGCCACCCGCGCCCUCUCCCGCCUCCGGUCCUUAUAACUCUAUCUUGACAACGGACCCAGGUUGGGGAGGAGGAGGAGGAGACGGUGCGGUAGAUGCUGCGCAAGUCAACUAUUACCAUAUACUUCACUCGCAAGCCACCGUCCUUGUUCUCGCCCCGCUGCAGAGCACACGGUAGACAUCGUCGCGUACGGCAACAUGGAGCCCCGUACUAAAAGCCAUCUUGCGUUAGAUUUUAGGAGAAUUGGAGUUUGUGUUAAGAUUGGGAUUAUGAGGUUUGGUGUUAAAUUUCGGGCACGGAAAUAAGUAACCUCGGGAAUAUAGCGCAAGACCACCUCUUUGUGCUUCCAUCACCCUUAGUUGCGACUGUCUCCGAUGAUGACCACCUGGUGCUUGGUGGGGAAGCUUAAUCAGUGAGCAAGCCAUUUAGCUAGGUUACACUUUUGGUUACUAUUGGUCGGAUAAGAAUAUCUAGUGUAUCGUCGAGUCAUUAGGUUUAAUUGAUAUCUGGAGGUAGAGCGGAGUAAAGACGACAACAGGUGAGAGGGCUUUGAGUGUCAGACUCAAAAUGUAGCUGCAUUUUGCCAUGAGCUACCCUCUAUACCCCUCUCCCCCACUUACAUAUCUUCCGCCCUCCGACCCAUAAUUCCUCCAUCUUCUCCCGCGCCUAUCAGAUCUCCAUUCCCUACACCAACUAUUGCAGAAUGUUAUCACCAACAGAAACGAGGGAGACUGGAAUGGCCAUUUCUGGCUCAUUAGCCGUUGUCAGCCAGUCAUAUCCAACCCGAAAUGUGAAACACCUGGGGGGCUGGAACUCGCGACCUGUUAAUCAGAAGCCCAACGCCUUUGACCACUGAGCCACGGGCUCGUUGUCCCACGUCUUCCCACUUCAUUCUCCCCCUCCUCUCCCCGCUUCUGAUAUGUCACCACUUAUUUCUGCUACGACUACUCAUCACCCUCCUACUCCUACUUUCCGUUAAUUUUAUCCUUUUCGUCCCACCACACUGACUACUUCACAUUUCCAUCCCUCAAAUCUUAUCCUUCACUUUCUUCUGAUCCUUCUCCCCGUCCUUCCUGCUCUUGCUGCUCUAACUCGCCAUCAGCUUCUCUUCCCCUUACUCUUAUAGGAUUUUGUUUCUACCGCCUUUGAGUCAUACGAAUAUAAUUCCCCACCUAUCUAAAGUCGUAAUUUGGUUCAUAGUGGCAGACAAGUUACUACUAGGCCGGUAGACCACUCCUUGUGCCAGCUGGCAGUUUUCACUAAACACGUACUGUGCUCCCUCACUGCAGUCCAUGUGGAACUAACGACACCGACUUCUGUUCGAUGAUGUACAACUGCACGUGUGAAUGUGCCACCUUCUUCCCUUCCUCAGAUCACGACGUGGAUCUACAGGUUGUCCUUCCGCCAAACCGACUCAUCAGCCCCAAGCGUCUCAACCCUCCGCCGCAAUUCUGUUUUCCCCUCGACCAGGAGAGCCUUCAGGCCAACUUUUCUCGAUUGGUGCCCUCAACCAGGGCCGCUGGCGGUAUUCUCUCCUCUUCCCGUUUCUGGGCUGUCACUGAGAGUCAGCUGAGCAUGUACGAGCAGGAUUCCAUAGCCUCGGAUGCGUCUUUCGUGAAUUACGACCGACCUCUUCAGCUGACCCAAACGGUGCGUCGUGCUCACUAACCUCCCCCCUCCCAAUCUCUCGUGCCCCCGGUGACGCACUGUUUUUUUUAAAUGAUAACGGGGGUAUUUGCCGUCCCCUCUUGCCAUCGGUCCCAGGUGGGGGAGGGAGUGAAGCAGAUGCUGCGCAAGUCUGCCCUCCUGCGUUUGUCACACUGUGGGGUACACGGUCGUUUGCGACGGUCGGACUGACAGUUGUUCCUAAGACGCUGUCAAGGAGGACUGUGUGGGUGACAUUAUUACUACUUUUACGAAAUGGUCAUAACAGUACUAGUUGGUGAAGAAGAAGAUUCGAGUCCAUCGUCAUAGGUAGUGGCAGAAACAGAACAAGCGGCAGUUAUAAGGCAUGUAGUCCCAAUCAUCGACCGACGGCGCAAGACUGGAGGUGACUACGCAGGGCUCUGUACUCCGGCGCCAGAUCGAUAAAUCGAUUGACCGAGUUCUCAUCCGAGUUGGUCUCACACCACCUAUGAUAAUAGGUUUUUUCGAAGUUAUAAUACCGUCUGUGGCAAUGACUGCAGCAAGAGGGACAGUUUUAGUGUUACUGCUAGCAAACCGUGUAGCGCGCGUUUUAAUGGCUGGUAAUUCUGACCAUGUAUUAUGCAACUAGUGGGCCGUAGUACCAAUAGCGGCAUUACUCAUUGUGGUAGUAUUUAUAUUUUUGGCAUUUUCGUGGUCACAGUUAUACCUACUGCAUUCUCGAUGUGGUAACGGGACUAUUCUUGCUGCAGUUUUUUUUAUUAUUAAUGUCUGCUAAUGUAGCAAAAAUUGCAGUGGAAGUUGAAAUAGUAUCAUCAGCCGGGAUGGCAACUGUACUGGUACAAGUUUUUUUAGUUUUGGUGGUCGUCGCUUUGCAGCUGCUGGGGGGGGCUCUAGAGAGAGAGUCCUAAGGCACGGCGGGCGAUUGAGUUCCGUAACGCGAUCCGUGAGCGCCCCUCUAUCACUGUAUAUAUCCGAUCACAACUGACAGGACAAGGAGCCCAUGGCUCAGUGGUAAGGGCGUUGGAUCUCUAACCAAAAGAUCGUGGGAUCGAGCUCCAGGCGUUCCACACCUUGGGGUUGGGUAUGGCUGACGGACGUCGGCCAAUAAGCCAAAAAUGGCUAUUUCAGUCUCCCGUGUCUUUGUCGGUAAUGUUAUUCUGCAUACAUACAUAAACAGUAGGAAUAUGGAAUUCUUGGGGAAACAGUAAACUUUGUUGUGUAGGUUUUCGUGACUGCUUCCCCAGCACGUUUUCAGGCAACGGACGUGCAAAGACAAUUAACUUCUAGACCGAGUCUGACAAAGGAUUCUAUGAUUGGUUAAAGUCAUCUUCUCGGGAUUGGUUGAGUCAGUUUGAAUCUGUCCUUAACCACUUUGUAUGUGGCAUCUAGAUCAACAUGCCGGUUGAUGCGUGCCUCUUCUGAGUGUAUUGCGUCCAGGAACUCUCGGACCUUCCUUAUUGGGCAGGCGCCAACAAUGCGAGUGUUUUCCCUUGCAAAUUUGUGCCCAGUAUUUAGUGUGUGCAUGGCCACCUGGGAUAGGUGGUCGCGUCUCUUUACCGCUAACUGAUGUUCAUGUAUACCGGUUGAGACAGAUUUCCCAGUUCGACCACAAUAGACGGCAUCACAACUAGAACAUGGGAUUUUGUAGACAACACCUUUUCUUUCGAGGUAGCUAACAUAAACAUAAAUAUGCGUGUGUUUUGUGCUGAUGUGCUCAUAUCUAACCGCACUGACCGUAUCUGUUUACUUCCACUUUUCAUCUAUUCCGUCAGGACGCCGGUAGGUGGCCAUCCAGAACCACCCAGCUCGGGAGGCAAUUGCGUUUUCGAAAUACCCUUAAAAACAUUAAUACCGCCAUUCGUUCGGGUAUCAACCGCAUGAACAUCCGGCCGCCGCGUCCAGCAAACGCCGGUGGCGGUAAGCCCCCCUCUCAGCGGGAUGUUUCCGUGGAGAGUGUAAGUCUGACCCCCCCCCCCCCCUGUUUGUACUUUUUGUUCAGUCAGUAAACCAGCCACUCGCGACGGGGUAGGCGUACUCUAUUCUCAUUGGCAUACCGGAUUGCAUAAUCUGCGAUUUUUGACGAUAUUUACAGGGCUCGCGAGCAGGUAAUUGGCUCCUGGGUCGUAAGGCGACCAAUAAUACGAUUAUCGAAUUGUGCUGACACUCCAGCGGGACGACUUUCCGCAAAGACGUGGAACCAGAAACCGAUGCAUACUUGCACACGAUAGACGUCCACCGCGCGCUCCAUGCACUGGGUUCAGCAAUGACUUGCGCGCUUAUAAUGGGACUGCACUCUCGCCUCUUCCAGCCAUCUUAAUUGAAUGGCGAGAAGACUGGCGGUGGCCAGUGGUUGACAAAGCUAAACAGCCCAUCUACGCCUGAAACACACGACCAGGUCCGGCACAUUGGAGCAGGUCCUCACAAAAACGAUGGAGCAACUCGGCACAAACACACAAUACUGGCUUUGAGGACCGAGUUGUACCGUCGGUCGACAGUCUCCCGAGUCACAACUUUUAACCAGUCAUAAUAGAUUUGAUCGCGUUAGAUCUGUCGUAGUUGGGAAUGCGCCAGUGUUUCGUGCAGAUGAUUUUACCCAGAGUAGACCCCACCCGCGCACCAGUUAGCUGUCGAGCCUGUCCAUAAUGUAAUACUGGGAUUGGGCGCGGCUGCUGCCAACGACAAGGGCCAGUCUACGCGUGCCACGCACGAUCAGUUUGUCCACAGAGGGCACCGCGCUCUCGCGUAAACGGCGGAUCGGAUCUCAUAUGCAUGAAUGUCAUAAGCCCCGUACAGCGUAAAAGACCGUCGGACAUAUGAGUAGUCCUAACCACCAGAAGAACAUGGAACGACCCAUGUGAAACAGACCGCAACAGGCCUAACAUGAUUGUCUAUGAGCGCUUUAAAUGCUGAUCGACCAUAUAAUAGAGGGAUUGUGUGUCGGACCGUUUAGAGCUCGUCCGCAACCGGGACGGUCUGAAGAAUAUCACACCAUGCAAUUGCUUAGCCAACCCUACUUUCCAUAUAACUUGAAAUGGUCUUAACCGGUAAAACGAACGCAUGAUUUCUCCCUGCUUUCAGAACACCUGAUUGAACCAUCCAAAUACAGUAUGCGAGUAUGAGUCUGAGAUGGGCUUGAACGAGGUUGCGAACUAGGGUUCAGUGCUGUUAACACUACGUACGAUGAUCACACUCAGAAAUGAAUGCGGUGGUUAUACUGAUCUGGCCUUCGUGGAUAUUCCUGUACGUGGGGCGGUCCACUUCAGAGGCCCAUCAUUUGGAAUCCCAGUUUUAGUAGGCAAUAUCUGCAUUUUAUUAGCUCCUCUGUUUCAUUUCUUCCCCAACCCAUUGGAAUAUGAGUGAAAAACGUCAGGACCGUGUACCGGGAACAACGGAAAAUCUUUGCCUCUCGUGGAAAGGAAGCGGCUUGCCAACACGGACAUCUGAAAGUUAUGUAGAGUGGUUAAACGGGCUCCGAAACUCGGCAACGACUGUACCGUUCAAACAAGUGGUCGUGUUUCGCCUGCGCUCGUCACCUUUACCGACUGGUUUUUUUCGCAUCUAGUUGUGUGUACAGGUUUAUUUAGGUCACAGCUAUAAAUGGCCAGCAACUCGGUUGACUGGAUACGGGCCAGCAUGGCUCCUGAGAACAGAUAACUAGCUGUCCGGAUGUUAAGUCAGAAAACACUGUGGAGCCGAAUUUGCUGUUUGGGAUCCUCCGUCACACCAGGGCAUCCUAUCUCAGCAACAACAACCAUCUCACGAUUAACGAUACACGCUAACUAGCCUCUCCCCUAACGUUUUAUCAUGCGCCCUUUUAUACCUUGCUAACAUUCCCUGCUACUAACUACUCAUUGAACACGAAUUUUAACUAGUCUUUAAUCAUGACAAAUGCGGGGCCUUCAGGAGGUUUUUCAAUGCGCACGGUACCGAUCUACGUAACACGAUCUCGACCGCUUCUACUGUUGCUAUUGGGCGCUGUCCCAGUGGCUUUGAGGUGUUUCGGCGAGACUUUGCAAGUUUGCUAUGUUUGAGCCUGUUUUACACGACCGUCUCUUCAUCUGUCCAGUUACAGAGCCUUCCUUCCGGUUUUGUAUACUGUUCAUCGUUUGCCACGUUUUUAUAGCUGAUUAUCUUCCACAAUACUUUCUGUUGACGAACGCGCCAUUUUCUUACUGGACUGUCCACAUAGUGAUGUUUGGUAGUUAGCAAAUAGGACCAAUACAGUACCGGUGAGUUGCGCGCGAACUUGUUUACAACGAUUCAGACUUCCGUUGCAUCUACCUCGUCUCGCUCGCUAGCUUCAGCCGCCCGUCACUCUGGUGACAGAGGGAGGUCAGGACGACUGGAGGUGAACGCGGGCUUUGUGACUCACGGCCCGUUUACGCGAGCCACACGCAUGACAUGCCCCUGCCCCCAAGGGGCCGGGGAUCUCGCACACGUAUAAGGUGCUAUUAAGGCCGCCUGGAUAGGGGGGGGGCAUUGCAAUCUGACCGCCUUUAUCACAGGAAGGCUGAGUUAUCUCGUCGGUCGUCAACCUUCGCUGUCGCAAUUCCUCACGUCAUCAUCAUUUUGGAACUAAAUACAGGGAUUGGUUGCUGUUACAGGAUGAAUCCCGAAAUCACUAUGUGUCCCAUGUUCUUCGUAGUUUUACGUUUGUUUGAAUUUCUACCCUGAGAUGGGGAGUAAUUCCCCAUUCCUUCUGUUUUUCCCAAUGUCCUGUGAUUUUCACCUUCCCUUUUCCUUCCACUAUGCCCGCUGCUUUUCUCUGAUCAAAGGAAGUAGACGAAGUAUGUCCAUCUGAUCACUGUCUCGUGCGCAUGGAGGACGGUUGGGUUAACGCGUCCGCUCAAUUGGCAGGAAGAAGUACUCUUUCAGUUUUAAUUUAUUAAGGGAAAUAUAGGCGAGCGCCUUUGAGCUCCCUAUUGGUUACAAGUCGUCGGAGAAAAACAGUGAUAAGUGGAAAGGUGAAAAAGGGAUUUUGUGCAUACUCGCGGACAGCUAGUCGAAAAAGAGUAAUCAUGAACGGUUACUUACUAAUUAGGCUCUUCACUUUCACUUUCUAGGCACCCGAUACAACUUAUAUCAGCAGUUCUUCCAGUGAUCUCAGCCAGGAGAAUGUGCAAUCAGAGGGACCGGAUGCCACAAACUACGAGCGUGAUACUGAUGAUAAUGAGGAUGAAGAGGCGGCGGUAGUGGCGGCGGCGCAAAAGAAUAGGAAAGAAGAACUCCAGUCCGGCGGAGAAUCUAGUAAGAAUGAUUCGCUAACUGUUUGAGAAAUAAUAGUUGUUUAGAUUCUUUUUUUACCUGAUAAUUAACGAGACGUAGUAUCCAGUCAGACCUGGACUUCAUAUCUGAAUUGGACGCGUCAACUACUCGUUCUCACUGUCUACAAAUUACCACAAAGGACACGUUUCUUCGUCGUGUCUGGUUCCUGAUUCCCUGUGCGUGCCUCGAAUUUAAGGUUUCAAUCAUCAAUAGUUAGCCUAUUCUGUGUGCUCAACUGACUGUGUUCUCAUGAAUGACGUCGAAUGUGCAAUUACAGAAUAAGGGACAGUUAUUGGAGGUGCGAGCCAAUCAACGAUCAAUGACGCAGGUCUGGAGGCGACUGUGUGGGGCUCUGUGUGUCUGUCGGCCCCAAAUCGAUAAAUCGAUUGGGCGUGUUCUCCGCUGAGGUGCAGGCUUCAUUCAGUCCUACGGAAUGGGAAAUUAUCUUGGCGGCCUUAAAGUUGAAUUCGUGACCCCCUUCAGAGGUGUGGGUAGCUACUAGCAUUAAUUUGCCACCCCGCCGCGUAUGUGAGAUCGGAUCAUGCGUCCAGUCUGACCUGUGCAGUUAGAAGGACGGUUUGUGUAUGUGAUACGAUACAAUGCGCCCAGACGUCUCCCCGGAGUCUAAUCUGUCCUUGAUUUUAAUGGUUCUGCUGCGCAUGACAACUCUGGGAGGUGGACACGUAAGCAUCGGCUUAUAAAUGCCUUCGGGUAGCCAUUCCACCUUAAUUGGUUGCAUUUUCUUCCGGGUUGCUGUAGUGAGUCUGAACUCAUUUGGCGACUGAGAUCCUAUCUUGGUGUUCGACACCUUCCUGUAAACCUUUGUCUCUAUUCCACUGUUUAGAGUUUGCCUGUCGAGCACAUUAAGGAAGGGCAGCUGCUACUCCCUCUCUUCUUCCCCCUGGAUGCUGCGCUUAAUGGCACUUCUCACACUUGCGAGAUGCCAGCCACCCUGGGGGAGCAGAGGGAGGGGGGUUCUGUGUGCGGCACGCAUAACCGGGCUGUCAACUAUCGCGCCCAUACCCACUUCCGGUCGUUUUCACUUUGCAUCGCCAUCGAAUUAACGUGGGCAUGGAGCAAGUGAGGUGAGGUAGAUGCUGUGAAAGUCUGCCUCACUGAGAACAAGUUCACUCGCAGGUCGCCCGUACUGCAUCAUAUCCUGAACGGCGGUGGUUCCCUCCGCAAAUUAUGAACCGACUAUUGGGCAUCGUAUGUUAGCAGCUUAGGAAAGAAGUAGUGUGUUCGCCAAAAAACAGAAUGGGGCAGGAGGGACCGCUAUAAAAAAAGAACAUGGAGAGAGAUAAGCGAUAUACACCAGCGGGGCACAGCCGAUCCUUAUGGCGAUGCCUGAGUAUGAUUGGCGGAAGGUUUCCGAGCCCCUUGUAGUGACCUAGCAGUCGGAGUGUGUUCUCAGAGCGCUACAAUCACCAGGCCAAAUGCUGUGUUGUAGGAAAAGGCAGAAGUCACCAGAUUGAGAUUGCAUAGAGAACCCCCCAGUUGUCCUCUCAGGCGGCAGUGGCCGCUGGCAGGGUCAGCGCUGGUGUUAACUUCAUUCAGUCAUGCCUGUGAGUCCUUGAGACAUCGGUAGCAGAUGCUUCUGUAGGUUUGUGGAAAACAGCCUCAUUUGGUGUUUGUGGGGGGUGGGGGGUGUUCAGGUGGCGCAUGCGCAGCUGUGACUCUGUGUGGACGCACGUGUGUCUGUCCGAGUUGAAGCCGGUCGAGUGCCUGCCGGUCAGCUCGCUGCAAAUGUGGAUGACCUUGACGUAACGCGACCUUGAACAAGGACGCCAGACGUGAGCAUGAUGGCCGUAGGCAAUACCCUCUUGAACACGGAUCUCAGUCUCCCCGUUUUCUUUCAUUAUUCUAUUGUGAGGCUUAGUGUAUUAGUACAGGACCUUAAUCAGAUACUGCUUGUCGUCUGCCGCGCACUAAAUUAUCUUUUUUUGCAAAUUUUCGAUGGCACUGACCUACGAAUACUUCGGACAGAAAUGGAGACCACGGUAGUGGGGAAAAAAGCACGAGUCCGUCGUCCAUCCACCUCCUCCAUCUCCUCCUUAUCUGAAAAUUUGGGCAAGUUCUUCUUUAGAUUGAAAACCCGCUUCAUGUUCUUUUCUCAUGCUUUUGCUGCCAGUGGGUGAAUUUUCCGGAACCCCAUGAAACCACAUCCUAACACCCAGCAUUAUUUUCAGACCCUAGAUCUCAUUUGCAUUGUGAAAACGUUAGACUCACGGGCCCAGGCAUGAGGGACUUCGUGGUUCAUUUCCUGUUUGAAUUUAAAUCGGUCAGUCAUUACCUUCUGUGUGUCUGGGAGUUGGAAGUUAUAGGUUGUUUGUAUGCGCGCUCUGAAUACAGUUUAGAAGAACAACAUUACCGACAAAGACAAGGGAGACUGGAAUGGUCAUCUCUGGCAUAUUAGCCGUCGUCACCCAGCCAUACUCGCGACCGUCAAUAUGCCAGAAAUGGCCAUUCCAGUCUCGUCUUUGUUGGCAAUGUUAUUCUGCUUAUAGUACGCGCCGCUGUGCUGCUGCUGGUUGGGAUCGAGAGGGAGCCCAUAGACACAAUGGGACGAGUGAGUUCCGUAACAUGAUUGGUGAGCGCCACACUACCAGUUUAAAAGAAGUCUGUAAGCUCUUAUAAUACACUCGACACAGUAUUGACUCAACGAGCUCGCUCAGUGUGUGCUAGGAGGAAGUGGAGUUACACAGGACAUAUUUCAUGGCUGCAUACAUCUCAUAACGGGUUAGUAAUCACUGCAGUUUGAGCCUUCGAGCUCUCUCAGGGGUCGAUCGUCGGAGAUGUCAGCAGCAAAUGUCUGGUACAUGGAACUUUCAUUGACGGCGGAUCUCGGUUCACUUCUAGAGAUAACUGCGCGCUGUCCUAUUUGUCGGCGGGGGUCCCCGUGCUGGUUUAAUGUGUUCAUACCAGAUGCACAUGUACUAGUAUUUGGUACGGCCGCGAUAAGGCCUAGUCUAGCCGACCUCGAUGGUGUCCUGGACUUUGUAUCUCUCAACGCGUGAAGAUGCGUGACAGCAGAUCUGGACGGAGACCGAAUACCGAGGGUCCAAGAACCGUCUCCAUGUCUUGAUGAACUGGUUCGACCCAGGUUUUGAGUUGACUCCCUCUUUGACACCUCCAAUGGGGUAACGGUGCCGGAUGGCCAAGGAUGGCAGAUCUCCAGAUCUGUCCUCCACCUCAGGGCUGAUGACCGCGGCUAAAUCACUGUUGUGAAUCAGCGUUGACAUUUUUCGAACAAGAUCAGUAACUACUAGACUGAACAGUAAUUUGUUUAAACCUCUUAUUUAGUUCUGCGAAAAUUCCCAUAUUACGAUUGAAGAGUCAGUUGGCGAACAUAUGUUUUCGGUAACUCAUUCUCAGGCCGGUACAUUUACAUGGGUAAUGAUCAGUCUAAUUGUAGGCAGGAUAUAUAUGCGUCUCAAGGGCAGGGUUAAUCGGACUCCAUGUUCCCACGCCGCCUGCAUGACGGAGUCAGCGUGUUGAGGACAGUGGAGUUGGGGUGGGCGGGGGGAAGGAGAGGGGUUCCGGUUAGAUUGUAAGCGCUGUAAGUGCGUGUGACUGCUCUCAGGACGUCGGGAUGUCUUGGGAUCACGGCCUGGAGUCGGCCAGGGCAGACAGAUUGCUUGUGUCAGCGUCGUUUGACAACAGAGUGCCGGGUUCGCUAGUCGGAUGGCCACUGCUUCGGCCGUGGCUAGUACCCGUUUGCGCAGGCCUUUAGAGUAGUGUGUCGGUGCCUGGUAGAUAUUUUUAAAGGCUUCUUUAGCGUCGGCCUGAUGGUUCGUAUCGAUUAGAUGUGCGAGAAUUGAACUCGAAAUCGCUCGAUUUUCACCUUUACCUAGCCGGGCAGGCAUGUGUUCGCGUAUUCUCUUUUCCAGACGCCUGGUUGUACGGCCAAUAUAUCCCGCCCCACAGGAGCAGGUGAAUAAAUGGAUGUGGCCUGUAACGGCAACCGGUUUUUUGCCCCCCAAUCGUAUUAGGGAGGAAUUUUCGAAGAAUGCACGCAAUUUCGCCGCCCAGAAGACACUCGCGAGAGCUGUCCUAGAACGUCGUCUCACUAAUUGGCUUGCUACGUCUCCUAGAAAAGGCAGUCUUGGAAAUAAGUCUUUAUUCUCCGCAGUUGCAACGGCAGGUUUUGUGACACGCCCUCUAAUAUUCCGGAGGAUGAAUCGCUCUGGAUAGCCGUUUUCGCGGAGCGUGUUUUGCGGCUGCUGGAGUUCUUAUUUGGUUUGACCAAUUGUACUUAGCGUCGCACAAAUUUCUAAAAACUAAUUUGGUGGAUGUCUUAACCUUACCGUUAAAAGGAUUUAUUCAACAGGUGUUUUUGGUAGUUUUGCAUGAUUCACCUGGCUAGCACAUGAAACAUUUGGCGGCCUCGAUGGGGUUCGAACCCAUGACGGUAUGUGCAAGGCUUGAGUAUAUCCAGCGCUCUAACCUGAUCUACGAGGCACCCACCGGGAGUUGGAAGUUUAGAUUUUAGGUGGCUAGAGCGUCGGCCGUCGUCUGGUCUUGCUCUUGCUGUCGUUGGUUCGAACCCCACAGAAGCCGCUGAGUUUUUCACAGUUUUGUCAGAUGAAGUAUGCAGAUAGGUUCUAAAGACCUCGAAGUAAGUGAGCCUGGUGAUAUUGAAAUCGAUUUUUUAGGAAAUCCUGCUUGGUCAGUCAGUUCACUGUAUCAGAAUUGGUGGGUUUCGUACGUUGCAGUAGGCUGGGCUGGCAACAUGACCCAAAUGUGAUUAAACUCGCGACUGCCAGCCGGGUUCUCUUAUAUCAAGUAGUUAGUGGUAGAGGAAGGCGCUCACCGAUCGUUCUUACGGAACUCACUCGUCCCGUGUUGUGCCUUAGGGCCUUCUCUCUCGAGCCCAACCAGCAACCGCACAGCGGCGCAUGAUAUGGGCAGAAUGUUAUUGCCGACAAAGACAAGGGGGAUUGGAAUGGCUAUUUCUGGCUUAUUAACCGCUGUCAGCCAGUCAUACCCAACCCCGAAGUGUGGAACACCUGGGGCUCGAUCCCGCGACCUGUCGGCCAAAAGUCCAACGCCUCUAACCCCUGAGCCACGGGCUCGUCCUGUCAGUUGCGAUCGGAAAUGUACAGUAGUAGUAUCGACUGUCGUCAAGCCUUGAAAUUGAGUCAGAUGAAAGAUUUAUUCAAAAGUGCGUUGAAAUUUUGCAAGUACAAAGUUUAGAUAAGCCCAGUCUAGCCCUUUCGAUGUUUAUAACCUCUGUUAUUCUAUGCCUUUUUUCUGAAAAUAUAUCUGCCAUUCUGUUAAAAGCGGUCUUGCAAUGUUUGUUAACGGUUAAAAUAAUGAGGAUGGUUUGACUUAGCGGGAUUUAAGUGUGACUGGACCUGAGUGGGCUUUUUUAUCCUACUUGAGUUAUGCCAUAUUUUUCAAACUUUUCAACUAGCCCUGGACGGGCUCAAUUCGGACGAGGCGGACGCGACUAAUGCCCAUUCCCCAGCUCCUCGAAGAAGCCAAGGAAGCCUUCUGCAUCCCCCAUUGCGGAAGCCGUCCUGUGAGUUGCCCCUUCCGGCCAUCCUUUCGUCCGAGCUCUCCAUAAAUGACUCAUCUGACUUUGGUCCAAGAUUCCCUGGAACCUGUUUGCCUGCCGGUAGAUGCUCUUGCGCUCCCUCUGGGUAUACAGGUGGUGGGCAUGAUGGCCCAGUCAUCAUCCUCGCCCUUCUGACCCCUGUUGGGGUGUUGUUGGUGAAAAAUCCUGGUCAAGUGUUUGUUGCGGACCCGGGGGUGUGGUGGUACGCCUAGGUGCGGGUCCGGCUGUGCCAACCACCUGCGCCCUCCCCCGCAUCCGGUCUUCUUGACUCUGUCUUGACACCGGGCCCAGGUGGAGAGUGGGUAGGAGAGAGUGCGGUAGGUGCUGCGCAAGCCCACUGUCACUAUAAAUUAAUUCACACGCAAGUCCCCCCGUGCCUGUUGCACCUAGCUGUGUAGCACACGGUGGGCAUCGUCGGAAUCGACGGUCGAGUUGUCGUACCCAGAUGAUGGUCAGGGUCAAUGAUUGGCUGAAUCAGGGCAGAAUAAGUCAGAUCCAGUUUUGUUUCAAUCCAUCCCAUUAUCUGUCCCCCCCCCUCUGGAAACAUAACUUGACUGAGUUCGGCCUGUCAGGUUCUUGGAUAAUAACGAAACGAAGUCCUGGAUCUGAUCUGACACGACAACCACCGAAACGGACUUGCGUAGCACCUACCUCACCCCCCUUCCCACACACACCACCUUCAAACGGCAAGACAGAGUCCAGGCGACUGGCAUGGGCACUGUGACUGGACAAAACUUAACAGUCCGUAUGCACGGCCAACUCAGGCAGCCCCCUGCUUACUCAAUCUUCAAUUAGUAGUCAUCAGAUUUCACAUGAGUGAAAGAGCUAUUUCGGCCAAACUGGAAGGCGAUUGCAGUUUGAACCUUCGUCCUGGCCAGAAUUUAGGUAUCCCAGUGGCCUUUAAAUCUCAAAUUCACGCUUUUUGGCGGAUUGUGGUAUGUUAGAAGAUCUCUGCUUGUCUAUAGUGACGAAACUACUUGCCGCAUCUGAAGUGAAACGACAGUAUUCUCUCUUUCUUACGUUAACCGAAAGUCUCAUUCACGCUUACAAAGGAUGAGGCUAUAACACAGAGAACGAACAUACAGCGUGAUACCGAGCGGCAAGGGAGCUUAGCCGAGUAAAAAUCACUGUAUUUCUGUUAAUUAAUACAGCAAUUGUGUGACGGGUCAACAGUUUAUACAUGUGCAGCCCGUUUGCUUCGGGAUUCCAAUGGAUCGGCGCGCGUUCAUUCCUGUUCGAAAAAAUACCAGAUAUGCGGCGACAAAAAAUGCCAGGUUGGAGGCGGCGAUUAAGUAUAUUUCGAUGACGUGAUUAUGACUCAUCUGAUAGACCUCCUCUUUAUACCAUCAUUUCGGGAAGCCGGUUAAACGGCCUACCUCUACGGUUCCGUUCAUUUUAGCCUGGAGCACCCUCUCCUCCCUUGAAUUGGUUAUUUUGGAUGCUUGCUUAACUACCUGCUUCAAAUGAUCCCUGUGUUUGACAUUAUUUUAUAGUCUGUAAAUGCAAAAUUGCGCGUAUGGCCACUCCUGGAAGCAAAGUUGAGCGGGGGUUUUAUAUCCGCUUUUUCUCGCUACCAGAGCAGAGCUUUUAUGAUAGGCAUAGUAGGUUGUAGUUGUGACCCUGCAUAACGACUUUAGAGUACGCUGGUGUGUGAAAUGAACCCUUCUUCGAUAUUGUCAAGACACACUCACAAAGGAGGACUUGCUGUUAACUUCUGUCUUAAUUUUGAACGCAAUUUUUGGAAAACUGACUUUAGGUUUUGAGUGGAACGCCUCCAGUUUAUCCCUGCUGGCAAUGGCCCACGUGUUACUUGAAAUCCGCUCGAUUUCCUAAACUCACUUGUCAACUGAGGAUCCUCCUCUCAUCUGUAGUGGUACAACCGUCGACAGUGACGACGUCCCACGGAGUAGCACAGCACCAGUGACCCGCACGUGAAUUAGUGAGGUCUACUUGCGCAGCAUCUACCUCACCAAGGCAGGACUAUGUCAAGACGGUCGGGAACGGGUUUAGAUGCAGGGACUGACAAAGUCCAACACCGCGUGUCCACACGCGAUCUUACCCGCCCACGAUGGACCAGGUUUUCACAGAGACAAGAGGGUGGCCUGCAUCUCCUCUGAAUAGAAAUGUCAUAGAGGUCGCAUUCAGAAGGAAUCAGUGAGCAUAAGCAGCGCCAUUCUCGCGCAUUUUGUCGAUUCCGGACAUCGUGUGGGCCCCAACGAACCUUUUCAUGUAAUUUUAUAAGGUCCCAUCGAGCUACCCUAAGCAACUAGGCCAGCGCCUGUUAGCAACCACGGAAGCGGCCGCCAUUAGGUUACAAAAGCCAAUCUUAUGCGCACAGAAGAACCACGUUCAGGCUCCGCGCCUACAGUAGUCGAAGGUCGAUUAACGCUGCAACCCUCCGCGCCCUUCCCCCUCUCACCCCGUCCCUGACAUUGACUGCUUUUACCCGCCCCGCCCCCCUCCCCUCCCCCAAACUCCCACACCCCGCCUGUGUCUUAAGGAGACUUUUUAUCGAUUUCCCUUAUCGCUGACAUGUUUUACUUCUACCCAGUUCCCAUAUACCUGUAUUGGCCCGACGAGAAUUUAUCGAAAGCUACGUAUGUUCGCCACCUCGUCUUCUGAGUGAGCUAAAUAUCAGCCCUUGAACCAGUCAUCCCACGUACACACAGGUCACUCUUUAAGAGGAUCGAGCCACUCCACCAGUUGGAAGCCUUCCAGGUCACGCCUAUCAGCGGUUCGUUGUAGAUCCAAGCUCGUCGGAUCUAUUAUAGUUAGGAAUGUGCGGAAUUGCCGUCGGCGUGGAGUUCCAAAUGUCGACCUCUUCCCUUUGUCGUGCGCCAGUGAAAUGUCCGUGCCUGUCAACCAUCUGCUGGUGGAAUUGGGCGCAUUAGCUUGACGAGCACCAGGUAAUGUACCGGUUUCAUCAAGGGACCUACAUCCCACUUGCGUGAGAAGUGCGGUAUUAUGAUCGGCUCGAAUCCCACAUACCUGAAAGUCCCAUUAAGGCCACCCCACAUACACACAGUGCCGGCAACGAGGAUCCAGUUACCCCGUCAUUUGGAAAUCUUUCAAGCGGCGGUUUUUAACUCAUCGUGACAGAUUCAUACGCGUCAGAUCUAUUUAUAGUAAAGAAUGUGUUGACCAGCCAUGAGAUGGAUUCUCCAAUGUCAAACUUACUCUCACUUCCCUCCUUACCAAGCACCAGUGAACUAUUGGAGCCUGUUAACCAGCUGUUGAUGGGAUUGGACACGGCUUAAGUACAGCAGGGAGGCAAAAAUUCAUACGCGUCUGUUUUUUUGUCGCGUUGUGCUCCCUAAAUUUGCGAGGACAACACUUCUUCCUGCCCAAACCAGUUCUAGAAUCUUUGCCAGGCAGAAACCAUUGUGGGCAGAUCUCACUCACUGAGUGAGUGGGAAAACCCCCCUCCCCUUCUACUCUAUCCCUCGUAACAUUCGCCACAUUGGAGUCCCCAGAACUGAAAUCAGUUUAUUCUUGCUGUGCAGUUUUGCAACUGGGUCCACCCACCCCAGAGCAGGUCGAACGAACCAGGGUAAAAUCGACCUUCUCUUCUACCGAACGAAAACCCACAGUUUGGAUGGCUGGCCGACCGCCUGUGAAGAAACCCCGUAAGAGUUGGCGGUUGUGUUACAUAUAUGCACAUACAUACAUCCUCGUUCCAAGCAGUGCUCACUAGUGUUCGUUUGCCCUUCCUUUAAACCUACCACUACACUGCGUUUCCAUCCUUCUUCGCCGUCGCUGUCGCCGUUUGCAGUGGUGAGUAGACGCAUCAUUAAUCGGGAGUUCGUGCCGGUUGAAAUCAUCCAAAAGUAUGGCUACCGAAGGCUCAAGAAUGAUGGUACAUCGUUCGGUCUGGUUGAAUUUCUUCUUUUUGGCGUUGUCGAUUCAGCGUUUUUUUUUUUGAUUUUUGAAUUUUUUGUUAUUUGCGUCCGGAAAUCCGAUUUUCUCAAUUUAUUGUGUCUUUUUUGAUAAUCCGUGCUUGUGAAUUACAAACAAGGAGCUUAUUCAAACAGGCAGUCGAGGCAUAGGGAAUGGAAGAGAGGAAUUUGUUAAGUUUCCGGGACUGCGAUCAGUACCUUUGCAUGUUGCACUGUCACAAAGUUUAACAAUACACACCCGGCUGAACGCUCAUCUCAUUUGGUCACGCUACCUCGGAAACGUAUUUUCACAAGUACUAAUACUUUGGCAAACUAUGCCCUCUGUGCGUAUGAGCAUUUCCCCUCUCAGAGAUGGUACCGGCAUGUGUUACUGAUGGGGAGAAGACUGUAAGCAGUUUUGAUUCCUUGCAAGCAUGAUUUGAAACACUUUUUUCUUCUGCUGUGAACUCCGCGCGUAAAUCUUUUUUGUAUCUCGUUUUGCUGGAUUAGCCCACGCGAGUCAAGGAGAAUAGAGACAUACCCACUUUGUCUCGUCUUCCCUCCUUGAGGCGAAUAGGGGUCGCUUUUUCCCCUCGCAGACUACGCAAAUGACUGUACUUUGUGCUGAUUGUAUGCCGCUUUUUCUACUAUUGGCUCCGAUAGCCCAUCGUCCUUUGGACGCCAACUUCAGUUUUAUUGGUUGGUUUUGCUCUCUCAAGGCUUUACGUCAUGUUGACUGCCGGUCACACUUCUGUUGCGGCGUUUCCUUACUCUCGACCUGAAUGACUUACUCACUAUCAGUGCUUGCCCCCUCCCACCCCCACCUCCAUCUCUGACCUCUACGUUAUCCACUGCAAGUGAGCGAGCAGACCAUUCCCAACCUGGAUUCUCUGCGACGGGAUCUGCUGACACGCCUCAUCGCUGAGGGCCAACCGGUGGAGGACGUGCUCUGCAAACAGCAGUACCAGGCCAACGAACAGGUGGACGAUCACGUUCGCUCCUGUGGAGUCCUCUUUCGACCGGUUGCUGGCCCUGGUGGCGUCGUCGCCAACGCUACUCAGGGUUUAUCGACACUGGUCAAGUCGAAGAUAGCGGCCAGUUCCACUGACGGUUACCUUUCCUCCAGUGGUCUGCUAUUCCCCUGCUGUGGAAGACGUCCUGCGCAGGGUCUGGACACUGCCGACUACGCCGUUGGCUUCGUGGACGGUGUCGUACCCAGUGAGGAAGGCCGGUUUCGGAAGGCCGUCGUUGAACAGAAUGAGGGCGUCUCCGACUACUGGGUAAGUCCCCGGGGCGCACAGUCCAGCUGCUGAUCCCGUGUGUCAUCAGCUCUCUAGGCGUAGACUUGCCUCCUUAAGGCGUCUUUAAGUGCUUGCUAGCUGCAUCUGGGCGAGGGGGAGAGUAGGCUGUGCAGCCCGUGGCUCACCAAUGUUACAACCCUCAGGGACGAUUCGUUCCAAUAUGAGAAUGCACAAUAAGGGGAUAAAACUCAUGAACCAUGAAUAAAAUCACGAAGUAUUGAGGUGCCGGAAAUUAAUGUGGAUUUUUUCAUAAACGACAAGAAAAGUGUUCGUUGGAGAACCUUUUACUGUUUUCAUUUUGACCAAAAUGUGAUAAAGUCGGCGACCUUGGUGGGUAAGACUUAAGUUCGGCCAACGCUCUAGCCACCUGAGCUACGAUACCCAACGGCUAGUCGUGAAUUAAAUCUUAUUUGGGUCAAAUUACCCUCCCCCAGCCUUUUACAAUGUCAGGAAUCCCCCCAUAUGUGAUUAAAUUCACGUCUCCCGUUUGGUCCUCGAAGCCCAGGUGGCUAGAGUGUUGGCUGUACUAAAGCCUUCCUCUUGCUGUCGUGGGUCCGAAUCCCACCGGGGUCGCUGAGGUUUUCACAGUUGGGUCUAAAUGAAUUAUUAAAAAUCUGCCAGAACAAAUUUUAUUUUUUAUCAAUUAUAAGUGCCAUCAUUAUUAAUAGCUCUUGCCCAUCGUGAAACUAAGUUUUUAAUACCCUUCUACUAAAAGGCCUUUUUUUCAUUUCAAUGAAUUCUAGGAACCCAGUUUCGACGUAGUCGAUAUUUUGAAAAGUUUUUCACCGAGGAAAUGCUUGAGAGAUCGGAUCAACUGAUAAUCAUUUGGUGUGCAAUCAUGUAAGCGGGCAAAAGUUUCCACCUUGAAUUUCGGGUCUUGUUCUCGUUCCGUCGGUGUGAAUGCGGUCUUGCGUUGACAUGCGGCACAGUUACACCUUUUCCAUUGAUUAGCAUGGGCUCUUCAACGACAAGCCCUUGGUUCAAACGUUCUAAUUAUAUAUAAGUCUACUGUUACGGUUUGACCUUAUUCCAGUACCUAAAAGUGAAGUGUGCUUACCAUAAUCCGACAAACACAUAGCACACGCUUCAGAAGCAACCGAGCGAAUUGCUGUGGAGUUAGGUGUUGGAAUUGCACGCCGCCCCAAAGCCACCAUACGCAAUAGGGUCAUUAAAAUCAAGGACCGGUUAAAGCCUGAAGAGCAAUCUGGGGUAGUGUAUCGCAUUCCGUGUCAAAAUUGUCCUUGUAACUACACAGGACAGACUGGACGCAUGCUUGGCUGUGCGACGGGGCGACGCAUUAUCACAAGUGGCCGCCCACACCUACGAAACGGGUCAUGAGUUUAACUACGCGGCCACCAAAAUAGUCGCCCAUGCGGGGAAACAAAACAGGCCGAGAAUUGAUUGAGGUCUGGGCCUCGGAUGAGAACUCUGUCAAUCGAUUUAUAGAUCUGGCACCGGGGUACAGAGCCCUGCGUAGUCACUUCCAGUCUUGCGCUGUCGGUCGAUGAUUGGCUUGCAUGCCCUGUAACUGUCGCUCUUUCUGUUACUGCUAUUGUCUCUGACGAUGGACUCCCGCACUAGUUCGACAACUCUGAACAAUAAACUAAAUCUUCCGGUGCUCGACCACCCUUUUUCACUUACACGCACAUCUGGAACUCGAAUUUUCGCCUCCGCAUUUCAUACCUUUUUGGAGUAUGAGUUUGAUGACAGCGUAGGAACUGGGGUCUAACUUGUAGAAAGUCAUUGGUGUUAUGGCUGGUUGUUAACGUAAAGAAUCCAUUUCUCUCCGCCAGUGACAAUUCAACGUAGAAACGGUUUCUUCCCCUGUAUGCUUCGCAAGAAGUCACAGAUUGUGGAACUGUGGGCCCUGUAUUCUAUCGAUAGUUGGCGCGAGACCCACACAUCUUGUCUACUAACUUGUUGAAGACGCUCCUGAAUAGUAGACCAUGAAGAAUAUAGCUUUUUAAAUGAUUCCUUGAUGGUCUGGCAAGGACCUGCGUCAACGGUUGCGUCUAAGUGAUCACUAUUCAGCUCGACUGGUCUUUCUGGACGAUGGAUGUGGGGAAAGUUAAAAUCACCCAACCGGAGUUUUGAUAAUCAAAGUUGACUCUGGCGGAUAUCUUUAUCAUCUGGCUAGACACCACAAGUUGUUUUGAUGUCAUACAAUGAUGAAAAUGCCCGCCUUCGGAUUUCAUGCCUCCCUUUUUGGGCCGAAUAUGAAAAACAAAAUUUGUAUCAAAAUCUAAAAAACAGGACCUAACUGACUUACAAUGACACAUAGUUCGAAUUGAGCAGAUGUAAACGCUUAAUAAAUUACAUUUAAACUUGACCACAAGAACGGGUUUGCUUCUCGGCACCUAUUAUAAAUCGACCAAAAGAGUCGAUUGAUAAUAAACUACUUUAAUCUAAAUGAAAACACGAGCGAUGUAUUGAAAGUGCUUUUACGUUGGCUAGAGAUAACUAUUUCCCUGAGUGAAGCAGAAAUUUUGAAAGUUCGAAUAUUCACGGCAAAGGACUAUACUCAACUUAUUUAAUUACUUAUAGCCUGGUUUUUGUAAAUAACCGAGCAGGUUAGACAGAAUGAGCAUAGCAACGUUUAAAGUUCUUUUUUACAAACCUUAAAUUAAUAUUUUAUAAUAAAUAGUAGGUCAGAUGUGGUUAUGUAACCCCACCUGAGGUAAACAAACCCCAGCCGCCUGUAAUACGGGAUCGGUGGUAAUAGGGGUUGUUACAGGUGGCCCGGGGGGACGCACAGGCGACGAGGUCAAGUAGUUGUAUGCAAAAGAAAACCUAUUGGGAAUGCGCGGCCGUACUUUGAGUGGUUGAGAAAUAAUUGCCCUAACCCCUAGCCCAAACUUCUAACCCUAACUCUUAAUCGUAAUCCUAACCCCUAACUAUAACCCCUAGCUCGAACCCCAACCCCAACAUAACCACAUCAUACCAAAAUGUCUUAUAUGAGGCAUGGCAAAUGGUUAGUUUGUUAACGCCUGCUUUUAUGUUCCAAAAUGUGAAUUAGAUAUAUUUUUGGCUUUUUCAUCGUUGUCCGAGGUGCGAUUGACUACGACAAAAAGUUUUUGACUUUAUUUCUAUGCCAGGGACGUCGCAGGCAUAAGAUUUUUUAUAUGACCAUAGGUUGAGAGGUCAGUCAGUGACCAAGAAAUUGGGAUAUAAUUGGCAUACAAUUUUUGUAUAUGAUAAUAAUGAGGCUUUCUUUUCUGUGAAAGUGUUCUGUGCGUUUUUGGUGACAAUGAAGUCCACCGAGCCUUCUGGCUUCCCUGAAAUGUCAAUGAAGCCUUUGAGGUUUUCAUUAUUUUCAAUCGAUUGCCUAGAAUUACGGGCCCUGUACUUUGCGUUUUCAAAGCCUCCAGAAUAAGACAGUUCAUCAGGGCGCCUUAGCCUCGUAGUGAGUCUUCGGACGUUCUUUUUCACAGGACGACGAGUUGAGCUAUAUUUGUAGAUUCACCUAAAUAGGAAACCUAAUUGCCGGAGGAGACGGACGCCAUCUUGAUCAGUUUAAACAACCUACAAUGGGUCACCUCCCGAGAAUAUGCUUUAUUGUGCUUACUUACUAAUGCAUGUCCACGUCCUUAAUUGUCAGGGAAACAGUGGGAACAUUUUGUCCUCUUAUGCACUUCCCUGACAUACUGAAAAUGUUUCUGCCACGAACAAAAAUCGCCCCUUCUGCGUUAUAAUGGAAACUUCUGUUGUCAUAGCUUUCGUUUAGUCCUCGAUGGCGGAAAUGCACCUCAGUGAGGCCAUAUAAAUGCUAAAAUAUUUCUGAAACGGGUAAGAUGUGGUUCUGUAUCCGCACCUGAUGGACAACAUACUGUUUGGGGUUAUGGCAACUAUUUUUCAACCACUCGAAGUACGACCGCACAUUCCCAAUAGCUUUUUCUUUGCAUACAACUACUUGACCUCGUCGCCUGUGCGUUCCUCGGUCCCGCUUGUAAAAAGCCCUAUUACCACCCGUUCCAUAUUACAGGUGGCUGGGCUUUGUUUACCUCAGGUGCGACUACAUAGCCACAUCUGGCCCCAAAACCAUUAGCACUAUGUCAAUUACGUUUCUGAAUUACGAAUAAACAGACUGCAGACUGCAGAAUAAAGUACUUUAUAAUAAGCUCAAAGUCUUAAAUGACCAAUCGUUUGUGGGCUUUUUCUCGAUUACGUAUGGAAUAUCUGCAUAGGUCUGGAAAUUAUGGAUGCUUUUCAACGCACACAAAACCUCGCGUUGAUGUUCGUGCAUCCGUUUUAAUUCUGUCUUUUGGCUCCCGAGUGUUUUAUCCAGACAGCUGCAUGUGGCCGGUUACGUAGGUCCUAACAUAAAAAGUGCUGUUGCUACUUGCAACUUUUAUGUCUUUUCUAGCACCAAAUGACGCUCCUCAGCCUCCAGUUGAGUGCUGUCGAGGGUACUGCCUCCAAAUCCUCCGGUGGAGACGUGACUCGUGACUCCACUGGUUCCCUACCAACUAAGAAUUCCGACCUGACCUCCGAGGGUGAAGCUAAUGAUUCCGAGAAAAAACGACUCAGUACGACGAACCCAGACGUCACUGUAAGCGGCGAGCAAGCAUCGACCACAAUGCCGCCAGCAGCGGAGACGGACGGUCAGGAGAUGCCAGUAUCGGCGGUGACGAAGACGACUGCGACAGAACCGCCUGCGCCCUCACCUCGGGACCAGGUACUGGCUCAGUUCAAACGUUUCGACAACUUCUGCCUUCCCGAUAUUGGUUUCAUGAACAGUCCCAAGCUGGUAGAGAAGUUGCUGAAACGGCAGUUGGAAAAUGCCCUAGAUGUGGAACACCAACGUCGUCUCAUGUGCCCCGAGAGUCAGAUCCGGACGAAUUUUAUUAUUUUCUAGUUUGCCUGCAUGUGAUUGUCUGUGACUCAGCCCGAUUUUCUUCAUUUACUAAUUUGCCUCAUUUUCACUGAGCUUCUUUGACCGGCGCCGUGUUUGUCGACGGUAUACGUAUAUGUAUAUGUAUGCGUUUCUAACCUAUGUUCAUUUCUACCUGAGGCACCUUUAUUUGCAUUUACUUUCUUCCCUAUUUUUUUACUAAUGGAGAAAAUGCAUGGUUUUCUUGUCCGCAGGCAAUGUUGCUGGAAAACGCCUUGAUGAAUUCGACUUGCUUGUAUUGCUUACUUAAGUACUUCAAGUUGCGUUUCGUCUGGAUGCGGGUGGUUUAUGUCUUAUACGGUCGCCAUUUCCACUGAAAUUUAAAAUACCUAAAUGGAGCGCAGACAUCUUCUCUUGUUUUUGAUCUGCCCUGAAUGACUCUUUUUAUCGUGGCAGUUGAUUUAGGGUUAGCUUUUGGUCGAUAAUGCUGUUUACAGUUUUUCUGAAGCACCAAUAAUUUCAACCCGCAGACCUAUGUAUUUGAACACGUUUUAUCCUGUUAAACUGGGAUAUUUGGAAUAAUUAAUGAUCAGAGCACGUUUUCUGGGCAUCCGGCAAUCCAAUAUCAUUGUUUUAGCUGAAUAGCUCAAGCGAACUUUCAAACAAGGGUUCCCAAUAUUGGGAGCUGGUAUGGUGGAGGACGAAUCUGACUUAACUGGUCGACUUGGCAGUACUCCGCCUCCCGGCUAGUGUAACGUACUGGUCCUCCAUCUCCUCUGGUGUCAGAAAGUAUAGCUGAUUUGAAUAGAAGGAAACUGAAGGACCUGAAGUUGUCUUGGCCAUCACUGUGUGCUGCUAUAAUUAUUAUCGUUCAUAGCGUUCCAUCACCUGAGCGCAUACCCGUGGGCGAGACUAGUUAGAGCACGUCCGUAGACGUAAACGACGCCUUCAAAUAUAAAAACGAAGCGUUGUGGGGUAAGGGCCGUUAAAUUGACGUUGUGCUUAAAGUAAUCGCAGUACGCUAAUCACCAUGGCCAUAGACCGAAUUCCCGAUUCGAAAAGGGGGUGUCGUUUCAAUGCACGAGUUUCACCCUGUACUACCGUUUGAGUCUGUAAGUGUCAAAUAGACUGAUUUACUAAAUGUUGGCGAUUAAUUUCCGAGGAAAUUAAAAAGUUGCAACGUCUUGGCUAUUGACGCGGCCGGCCAUGUGGGGCCGUGGGCGCUUCCUUGUGGUGCGUCUUCGAUGGCUUGCGUCAGCGUCAUCGAUUUAUUGAUUGACCGGUAUGUGCCGCAUGCGAUGUGCUGCCCGCGCCGGUGAAUCCAGUGCGCUGUGACUCAUCGGCUCCUCUGCGUGACAUCGUUAUCAGCUGAAGCUUGAGGUGUGAGCGGGGCUUGCAGAGCUGACAACGUCCUCUGCCUAGUUGGUUUUGGCGUCGUUUAAAUGCGAAUUACCUUGCUGGUACGUCAGGCCAACGAGUUGAACCGAAAAUCAGAAGAAGACAAUUUCAUUCAGAAGACCCACUGUUCGUGCCUGGUCGGUGUACGCCCGGUCGAGGGAAGGAAACCGCCCUACUGAUGCGUCUGUAGAAAUGAUGGCGUCUGUGUUCAACCCACGGUCGACAACCUGGGUUUUCUCGGAGAGUUAUUUCAGCAUACUUGGAGAAAAAAUGGACGCGUGCCUUUGAAUCUAUUGAAGAAGAAGAAACUAUGUGGGCAUGUAACGACCUAACAACUACAUCCUAUAAAUACUGCAACACCUGGGCAAUUUACCACCCUCAACUGACUCACUCGUUCCGUUGUGCUUUGCGGGCUCUCUCUCUCUCGAGCCGUAAGAACGAUCGGUGAGCGCCCCCUACCAUCGUAUAUUCCCGAUCGAAAGCGACAGGACAACGGGCUAGUGACCCAGUGGUUAGAGGCGUGGGCUUCAAACAAACAGGUCGCGAGUUCGAGCCUCGGGCGUUCCACUUCAGGGUUGGGUAUGACUGACUGACGAUGGCUAAUAAGCCAGAAAUGGCCAUCCCAGUCUCCCUUUUCUUUGUCGGUAAUAGCAUACUGCCUAUACCAUGCGCCGCGUGCGGCUGCUGGUUGGGCUCGAGAGAGAACGCGUAAGGCACAAUGGAACGAAUGAGUUCCGUAAGAACGAUCGGUGAGCGCCCCCUACCAUUCCAGUCUCCCUUGUCUUUGUCGGUAAUAACAAUGUUAGAGAUAUCUAGCGUCUACCAGAGCCAGGAGUGAUUCCUAACAUUCGGAUUUUUCCCAAGCAACGAUAUUGCAAUCACCACGGUCAGGCUGUCCUGCUGUUCGACGACCCCGAUCAAAGAAAAACACUUCCAGAAAGCCUGCCUUGCAGUUUGAAGGGUUGUAGUAGGUUUGCUGUGGUGACGAAAUCAAAGGAAUCGCCUAUUUACGAUGUCGCAGUUUUACGUACGGACAAUACGCCUGGUCUUUUCUGAGCAGAAGCGUUUUUUGAAUUUGACACGGUAUGAUCUGGUGACCAGGAAUUAAUUUGUUGGGAGUUUAGUUGAGACGCGAGAAACAAAAUAAGGGAAUUUUCAACUAUCAAGGCUAGUAUGAUUCAUAUAAAUACGCCAGCUGAUGAGCGUUUGCAUUCUAAAGCGUUUCCGUGCUGAAGAUAAUGUGAUAGUUAUACAUAAGCAUUUUAAUACCUUAGGGUGAAGUGAUCCCAUACUAACAGCACAGGUACUAGCCGGAGGUCCAUACACGCGUGUUUCGCCGAUAUUCUACCGCUUCAUGACACGGCUACAAGGGGGUUCGCUUGUCAGUGGGUCCCCCAGCAUUCCCUGUGUGGUUUCUGGUAGAUACUCCAAUUUAGAAAUUGUUGCAUUUUUAUUUCCUUAGAAAUUAACUGCGAACAUGGAGUAUAUCAGAAUGUUUAUGGUCUAUAGGCUCGGACCAACGUUCUUAUGUAUGAAUAUUUGGGCCGAAGUCCAUCAACGACAGCGGAUAACCCGGUAAUAUUAAUUACCUGCCGACAGGCAGUUAGUAGUAUGCUUUAGGGUAAGGUGGUUCCGUACUAAUAGCACAGGUAGUAGCCAAAAGUGUCUUCUUCACAUAGUCGCCCAAUGUUCCCAAUCUGAUCAGCAUGUCUUUGGGUUGCAUCAAACGGCGAUGAAUUGUUGCCUGGGGUCGAUCGGAAAUACCUACUCUGGCGGGUUGUAACAGUCGUGAAACCGUUGCGCUUAUUUCGUACUAAUCAGCGCUCACCUGCAUAAUUCACCACAUUGUAACAGUCGCCGACGCCUCAACUAUCACCGUUCCCGGAAUAAUGAUAAUGGUAGUCCUUGCUAAUAUUGUCAUCGUUAUCGACCGCAGUGGUUCUUGGCAGUCACGGGCGCGCAUUUGAAACACGUGUCUGCACAGCACAUAUCAUUGCCGCUCCACUGGGUAGCUUUUGGUAAUAUUGAUCUUUUCAGAUUGGUAACUUGCAGAUCGAGUGUUUCCUGCCAAGUUAGUAACAUUAUUUCAACCUAGAACCUGGGCUUGUUUCCCUGCUCUUUAAUAAUCGAAGGGACACCUAUCUAUGCCAUGGGCCAGGUAGGCAUCGUCAAGUUCUGUAAUAAGGGACUUUGUCUCCUUUUUCGGCCCACCAACACACCCUAUACCCUCCGCUAACCCGUGACGUUUCCCUCUUCCCAUCUUAGCCUGUUACCUUGACUAACUUUCAGUUCGGCUAUUCGGACUAAACCCGUGUGAAUUUUUCCAGCUGAGCCGACUCGACAUGCCCCAAAACGACUUUUAUUGCCCUUCAGGGCUGGAAUUUUCAGAAGCCCGAAGCGAUCGUCAGUCAGGGGAGCGGGGGGAGGGUGAAUAUGUGGGGAUUUGGACGCCUUUUUCACCUGGAUUAGCCGCACUCGUAGGUUGAGUUUAUUGGGCCGAAUUACGCAUCUCCUCACUGACCUGUACUCGACACCGAAAUGUUUGUUCGGAGUUGUACAAUUGCUGAUGCAACUCAGGAAGCAUUGACCUUCCUAUGCGGCCGAUAUUAGGCCUGUGCAGUUCGCGUUCUCGCACAAUUGCUCAAAAGGUCUGAAGGCGUGUGAUAUGCCAGUAUCGAAAAGCCAUGGCCCUCGCAGCCAGUUAUGCGCUGGAAGUUCCCUGACACCUGGUUCCCUGCCGGUAGAUGCGCGUGCGCUCGCGCUGGAUAUACAAGUGGUGGGCAUGGUUGCCCAGUCAUCAUCCUCGUCCUUCUGACCCCUGUUGGGGUGUUGUUAUUAGUGAAAAAUCCUGGUCAAGUGUAUGUUGUGGGGCAGGGGGUGGGGUGGCACGCCUAGGUGCGGGUCGGGCCGUGCCAGCCACCGGAGCCCUCCUCCGCCUCCGGUGUUCUUGACUCUGUCUUGAUACCGGGUCCAGGUGGAGAGUGGGAAGAGAGAGUGUGUUGGGUGCUGCGCAAGUCUACUAUCACUAUGCAGUAAUUCAAGCGCAAGUCACCGUCCCUGGUGAAAUUAGAGGGUGUAUAUGGGAACAGGGUUUCGUCCAUUAUCGAUCCUUACCAUGGCAGUGUUAGGUUUAUCACGUGGUCCAAGAGCUUACAGAGUUCUGGUUUCCGCCUCCGUAUUGCAGCAGCCUCUGCAAAGCGCAAGAUACGUCCGGUUGUCGCCCGAAACAGGACCUUGAAUGCAACUAUUGGGUCCCACGUAUGGCCCGUGUCCACUAGGUGCUUUGUGACUGAGCUCCUGGGUACCUUAUUUUCCACCUUAAGCAGCCACUUCGGCAUAUGUUCAGCUGACCGAGCUGCCAACCGCCUUUGCGUGCGCCCAAUGUACUUGCAUCCGCAACUACAUGUAAACUCAUAAAUACAGUUUGAUAUGGCGUGUGUAGGCAAAAUGUCUAACUGGGAUGGCCGUUGUGGUGCUUAUGAACAAAAAUUUAGAGGGGAGGUAGAUGGUCACUGACUUUUUGGUACAGAUAUUUCUUCAGGUGUACCUUGUCUGGGAUGGCGAUAUUUAUCGAUGAAUUUCUCCGGAUACCCAUUUGCAAGAAGAACGUUCUUUAGGAAAGUAAGCUCGUCAUCGAUGGUAUCUGAGGAGCAGAUUCUGGUGGCUCUGUUGAACAGGCACAAAACCAAGUUCCGUUUUAUCUGAAUAAGAACGAAACUGAGGAAGUACAUGUAUUGUCCUUUCCAGGUGGGUUUUCGAUAGAUGGACCUCUGAAUAGAGCCAUCUGCCCGCCUACAUACAAGAAUAUCCAGGAAAGGUAGUGUGUCAUUUUUCUCAUGCUCGAUCGUAAAUUUGAUUUUUGCAUGUGCUUUGUCCAGAGCCUUGAUUAGUAGUUCUCCGUCGCCUGGGUUUUUUGAUUAUGGCGAAAAUGUCAUCCACAUAUUGCCUAUAGAAUGGGGCUCGUUGUAAGUUCCGCAGCCCUUCAUUUAGCCUGAGCUAUCACCCUUCAAAAACUGGGUAACCAAUCAGUCAUCGGCUGAGAGGCACUAUCCAGGUAAACACACACGCACACUCCUCACAUGCGUGAGAGUGCCCUGGCGUCAAACAUCUAACAGUUGACUGCCCGUUUCCUCAAUCACAAUGCUAUCUCAUUUACAUUUACCGAACUUGGAGUAUUAUAUUUAUACUAGCGCUCUGUUGUUUGUUUAAAAUUCUUUUUCAUUGACCUCGUUCGAGUUUCGGCGGGAGCCAAGUGGAAUGUUUUUGAUUAUAUGCUCCACCCACGUCAUACGUGAGUCUCACCAAACUUUAAUCCUCUACCCUCGACGUAAAUAUUCGCCUCUGACCACAAGGGUGGGAGUGUGACGGUGUGUGGCACGUAGGAGGGGCGGAAGAGGCAACUGGUGGUUGUGGGAUGGCGUCACUGAGUUUUUUUCGCCUGUACUUGAGUUUGCUAAUCUUUCCAAUCUGUGUGUAGUUAUCCUUGACUGCUUUUUCUCCCUCUCCAGUGAACUGCCAAUCUGGGACUUGCCGUUUAGAGCAAACGCUACCGUAGUAGAACCUGUGGCCUGGCAAGCCUCGACGACAAACGGAGCACUGGAGGCAAUUUCAUACCGUUCUUGCAUCCGCUAAGCUGGCCCCACACCGCUCGCAUGCUCUUACCAGGCGCACACAACCAGUAACAGCCUUAAUUGGCUAUUCGGCACACAAGGAUUCGUGUACGCGACAAGUCAAUAAUGCUGUUGUCUGAUUGGCUGGGCGUGAAAGUCACCCCACAAAUCGCGAACGUUGGGCCUACGCCGCAAGGUGGCAACACUUCCAUUACUUACCCCAGAAAAGAAUAGUCAAAGCGUACCAAGAGAUGUCCACAAGUACAACAAACUCUCCGGUGAAGUGUAUAAAAGAGAAGUGGCUUUCGAAGUUGAGGACUAUCACACAGACAAAAUUGGGAAUUUUCAUUGGUUCGGAUCCAACGCGAGGACACAGGCAUUAAAGGUGCAGAGAAUGAGUUGCGGGAUGCCGACUGACUUGUUUUAGCGUACCAAACCAGGAUCUCAUGCCAGUAAAAAAAACAGUCGGCCGAUGCACUUGGAUGUUCCGGAACAACCGCUUUGAUUGGGGCUUUGAAAUCAUUCUUAAUGAAGUUCGGUUAUCUUUUAUUCCAAACCUCUCUCGGCUGCAGAAACAAGUUUCUAAUCAGUAAUUUUAGGAGCUAGGAUCAGUCAGUUCGACCAUCGGUUUCGAUGAUGUCCACCGUGUGCUUCACUGUUGCAGCAGCAAUGGGAGCAGGGACGGUGACUUGCGCAGGGGUUUAUAGUGCCGGUAGACUUGCGUAGCAUCUACCUACACUCUCUCCUCCUCCCUCGCCCGAGCCCGGUGUCAAGGCAGAGUCAAGAAGACCGAAGACGAGAGAGGCCGCAGGUGGAUGGCUCGGACGGAUCCUCACCUUGGCGUUCCACCACACCCCCUGGUCCACACAACAAAUAACCAGGAUUUCAACCAAUCACAACAGAGAUUUGGAGGCUGGCACGGCCGAAGCCGCACCUGGGCGUGCCGCCAACGCCUGGCUCGGAUCCCACACUGUGAUGGGAGUGCCAUAAAGGCCACAUUAAAAAGGAGCCAUUACAGCCUGACUCUCAGACUGCCUCCGGUCAAGGAGGAGGUCCAAGAUACCCCGUCAGUUGGCAACCUUCCAAGCCACGGCUUUUAGCGCACCGUGAUAGCUUCAAGCGCGUCAGAUUGAUUAUAGUGAGGAAAAUGCGCUGUCGUCGACCUCACUCUCCCUUUCCACUCCCACACCCCAGCCGCUGUCCGAGCCGGUCAGCAGACUGGAGUGGGGAAUGGGCGCGGUGGCUGUCAUGGUCGACUGACCAUGGAGAGCGACUCGAAUUCGCCGUAAGCCGCGGUCUCCGUCGGCGAAGGUGGGCGCGUAAAGGCGAUGUCGAUGUGGAGAUCCAUCCCGUCACCGGCUGUCCAGCGGAGUGCAGAGACGAACCACGUCACGACGGUGCCGACGCAAGGUUCCAUCCGACCUUCCAUCCAGCGGAAUCCGCAAACUCCGUGCACACGGCACAGCGCACAGGGCCCCCUCACCUGGUUUAGCCCGCCGGUCGAGACGGUUGCCCGGGGUGUGGCCGCUGAGCAGAGUCCAGCUACGUGGAGCCACAGGGGAGAGUUGAGUGCCAGCAAGUGGACGCUAGGCGCAGUCUCACCUGCAAGCAAGUGAGCGACCACCACGACCAUUACGUGAACCCACCGCUGACACCCCUACACCCCGGAGCUAGGAUAACAAACGCGUCACAUAGUAGGUCCAGUAAGCGCUGGCCACCAUAAUUCAGCUGAUGGCCGCAUCCGUUCGGUUUAAAGAUUUCCGCUCGGAUUUUUCCGUUUCCCUGUGAAGAUGGCCUCAGGAGGAAGAGGAUAGAGGAAAGGGGGAAAAAGGAGGGGGAGGAGGAGGAGGAGGAGAAGGAGGAGGAGGAGGAGGAGGAGGAGGAGGAGGAGGAGGAGACCAAUUCCGUUUAG